CUGUUUCAGCAAUCUCCCUAUAGAAGCCUGACGGAAAGAGUCUAAAUAUGUUUGUAACAACACAAAGAGCCUCUGGUAUGUUAUUUUGACUUUUUUAUUCAUUUUAUAUAUAUUUUAACUUUUUAUUACCUUUAUUGGUUUCAAAUUUAAGAUUCAGGUUUCCUUUUGUUGUGAUAUAAUGUGUUUUAAGUUGUCGGUUAAUAAAUAUAUAUGUGUAAAAGAGGAACGUUCCCAAAAAUAUUAAAGGAUCACUAUAGUGUCAGGAAAACAAAGCUGUUUUCCUGACACUAUAGUGCACUGAGGGUGCCCCUUCCCGUGGCGCUGAAGGGGUUAAAACCCCUUCAGCAGUUUACCUCUCCUCCCCCUUCCAAUGUCACUGGAGCCGAAUGUGCGGCUUUCCUAUGGACGCUCUGCACGAUGGAGGCGAAAUGUGCCUCCAGCGUCACGGCUGCGCCUCUAGUGGCUGUCCAAGACAGCCACUAGAAGCUGGAUUAACACCAAAUGUAAACAUAGCAGUUUCUCUAAAACUGCUAUGUUUACAGCUGCAGGGUUAAAACCAGAGGGACCUUGCACCCAGACCACUUCAUUGAGCUGAAGUGGUCUGGGUGACUAUACUGUCCCUUUAACACUGUUACAAUGCAUUCAAGGGAAUCAGACUUACUAAUAGCUUAUUUUGAAAACACAAGAACUUUUUGUUCCUUUAAUCACGCUUAUGCUACUUGGUUUUUACGUUAGUGCUUUUUGUUUAAUUCUUUAUUUAGAAAACUUUUCAAAACAAUCAUGAAAUAAUUUAAACAGUCAAUAUUGUUAUGACCAGAGGCAUAAAAAGUCAGGUCGUUAUGUGUCUAAUUACUAUUGCACAAUAGAGAAAAUAACGCUGAUGUAGCAGUGUAUCAGUGUUAUAAUGGGGAUUAUUUGCUAAACAAGAAAUCAUAGUGAAUUGAAAGCUGAACCUGCAAAACUCUGGGGAAAAUGGUUGAUUUGAAAAAAAUUAUCCAACUGGGGUAUACUCACAUCUUGUGUAUUUACCUUAAAGGAACAUUAUAGUCACCAGAACCACUACAGCUUAUUGUAUUUGUUCUGGUGAGUAUAAUCAUUCCCUUCGGGCUUUUUGCAAUAAGCACUGUUUUUGUUAGAGAAAAUGCAGUGUUUGCAUUACAGCCAAGGGAUACCUCCACUGGCCACUGAUCAGAUGGCUGCUAGAUGUGCUACCAUUCUGUGUCUCCACCCUCUGCAUGGAGACACUGAACUUUCCUCAUUGAUAUGCGUUGAUUCAAUGUAUCUCUGUGAGGAGAUGCUGAUUGGCCGGGGCUGUGUUUGGCUUGUGCUGGCUCCCACUGAUCUGCCUCCUUGACAGUCUUAGCCAAUCCAAUGCUUUCCUAUGGUAUGGGCUCAGAUCAACACUUCUGAUGAUGUCAGCCAACAAUAAAAGUAAUAUUUUACUAUAUUUAGGUGGGCAAGGGGAGGCCUGGGGGGCUAGAUGGUGGUUUUCACACUAUAGGGUCAGGAAUACGUUUGUGUUCCUGACCCUAUAGUGUUCCUUUAAAGGAUCACUAUAGUGUCAGGAAAACAAAGCGGUUUUCCUGACACUAUAGUGCCCUGAGGGUGCCCCCACCCUCAGGGUCCCCCUCCCGUGGCGCUGAAGGGGUUAAAACCCCUUCAGCAGCUUACCUUAAUCGCGCGCCGGGCUACCCGUCCAACGUCAGCUGCCCCGUCCGACGUCACUGGAGCCGAAUGCGCAUGCGCGGCAAGUGCCGCGCGCGCAUUCCAAGUGUCCAUAGGAAAGUAUUUCUCAAUGCUUUCCAAGGACGCUCUGCGUGAUGGGGACGAAAUUCAACUCCAGCGUCGCAGAAGCGCCUUUAUCGGCUGUCAGGAAGACUGCCACUAGAGGCUGGAUUAACCCUGCGAUGUAAACAUAGCAGUUUCUCUGAAACUGCUAUGUUUACAUCUGAAGGGUUAAAACCUGAGGGACCUGGCACCCAGAUCACUUUAUUGAGCUGAAGUGGUCUGGGUGACUAUAGUGUUCCUUUAGGUUUUGUAAUUCAUUUUUCAUUUCACUGCAAUUUGAUGUUCGUGAAUAAACGUUUGUAGGGUUUUUGUCAAAACAUUUUAGGGUUUAUUCACUAAAUUCUGAAUUGGAAUCCAAAUUGUAAAAUGUAUGUAGAAAUAGUGGAUCAAGAACAUUUCUCUAACUCCAUUCAAUUCAAUUGAUUUUUUACAUUGGACUAUAAUACACAAUUCAAAGUCAAAGACUCAAAGCCCUUUCCAUUGUUCUGUUAUAUGAUGGGAUUAUUUACUAAAGGAGAAUUGACACCUGUGUGUACUCACUAGAUGUAUAUGGUUUUGUUAAAACCAAAAUAUACAGUGAUAAUGCAUUGGGCAUUGCAGACACAUAUAAAGAUAACAGUAUAAAUUAUUUAGUGUUUGUAGUUUUUGGCAAAACGAAUUUGAAUGCUAUUGAUUUACUGCUACAGAUCGUUGAAGAACCUGUCCCUAAGGCCGGCUUUACAAUCAAAUUGUGCAACAAGUCUAUACAAAUAACGUGAAAUUUCUCUUUGAACAGAAUCCUCCUUCCCUGGACCAUUUUCUUCAAACACUGGCUUUAAAUAUUUCUGAUCUCUUGUUCGAGGCAAAAUACUGUGUGUGCAGAUGAAGAGUCUAAUGAUUUCUCUUUACAGACGAUACACAUCUGAAAAUAAAUACUAUUUUUUUAGGAUUAAAUAUAUUCUCGUCAAGCUCAUACUUGCCAACAGUUGGUAUAUGCAUGCAAAAUGUAGCUGAUAUAGUACUUGCAGUACAUACCUUCCACUUUGCUUCCGAGUUGGCUUUCACCCUAUGGAGAAACAAAUUAGGCAUCAGAGCAUUAUAGGAAUUAUAGAUGGCUGAAACUUCACACCUAUUUUAUAACCAAUGUGAUCUGCACAGUCUGAUCAUUUAUAAAACAGAAAAAUGUAAUUCCACAUCAACACAACAGCAUUAAAUAUUGUGGGCCGUAUGACUAUAGGGUAUUUGGGACAGUACUUUAACCCUUUAAGGACACAUGACAUGAUUCCCUUUUAUUCCAGAAGUUUGGUCCUUAAGGGGUUAAAGGAAUCCUUCAGUCACCUAAGGCACCGAAACUUGCUGAAGUGCUUUAGGUGCUACUUUUAUUACCCUCCUUGGUAACACCUCCUAGCUGUCAACUGAACAACUGGGAGGGUUUACUUCCUCACUCGCCAUCAGGGCUUGAAGAAUUCUCAUGGCUUUCGAUGGCUUCACCAGUAGAUUCUCAUUAGUGGAGGCAGAGCUGCAGCAAGGAGGCCCUGGAUUGGAGGUAAGUAAUUGGGCUGGCAAUAAUCUAAGCUAUAAAAGGAGCACUCCAGCUUUAGAAAGAAAUGUAUUAGAGUGUUUCUUUAAGUGGUCGAUGAAAGCUUGUUAAAUUUGACAUAUUUUAAUGCAAAAAAAAGUAAAAUGCCCCUUAAUACAUAUGUAAAAAGACCACUUAAUACAGGUACUAAACUUACAUUUUUCCUUUUUUUUUUUUUAAUUGGGUUGAUUGGGCUUACAUAUGUAUUCCUUUAAUUUGUAAGCCAAUAAUGUGCUAUUCAGCUUCUCACUGUGGAAGUCAGUUGGUGGAGUAUAUAUUUUCUCUUAACAUUUUCUUGCAUGUUAUAGCCUUGUUGCAAAUGUGUCAUCGUUGUUUGUUUAUUUUGAAGGAGGGUGGUGUUGCAGAGAGUACCCUGCACCCUGCCUAUUAUAACUGCAGCAAUUUGCAAAAUAAGAAAAUUUUCCUGACUUUUAGAAAUCAGAGGACAAAUGUUUACUCAUUUUGCUAUCAGAGAUCCGUUCAAUGCGUGUCAAGGUCAAAAGGUUUACAGGUCACCUUUAUGGCUCAAUAAACUCCAGAUCCAGCACAACUUGGACUUGAGGCCCUAAAGAUGGAGGGCUCGUCCCGCCAAUCUGAUACCUUCUGUGAUAUUUUGCCCUGCACACACAACUAGGAUAUACAUCUUUCUCCUUCCAUGUACACAACUCUAACACUUUACCAAACUUGUCAGCAGCUUAUUGAGCAGAACCACUCGUCCAAUGUAAUAAGUGGGACUGCCGCUGGGGAGAUAAGUUACCUGUCCUUUAGAUCUUUGCUGGACCAGGGACAAAAAUACUCUACAGAGCAGAAUAAACGGCUCCUGAUUUGUGGAGAUUAGCCCUGGCUGUGGCAGAGUCUCUUUGUUGCUGACAUGUGCAGCAGCUGUAGGCGAGGAUUUUUUGUGUGUAUUUUUGACUACAUUAAAGGGAAACAGACACCUCCCCACAUUGUCAAUGUUAUCUUAAUGUAUAUUCCCAUUUAUUUAGCAAAUGUGUAAUGUGAAGUAUGAAAAGUCAAAUGAAAUUUAGAAAUUCAUACCUCUCUCUUCUGUUAAUCAAUGCCAACAUCCUUGCUCCCUGACCAUCCAUAGCUGUCAGGACAGGGAGAUCAUACAGAGAAGAAGAGAAAUGAAACAAUGUUUGUAUUUCUCCUAUUCGUCUGGAAUGUCUGCCUUGGCUGUGCCUGGGUUGAACUGAAUUGUGAUGUCAUUUUCUAAAUCUACAUCUAAAUUUCUAAUAUAUAUUAAAAAUACUGAGCAUGAUAUGAAAAAACCCAAAACACCUUAAAGUGGCACCGUCACCUCCUUGAAAAAAUAAGUCUUUAGAAUAGAUAGAAUCUUUAUGAAAUACAAAUUUUGACUGUGUUGGGAUUUCACUCAAGCGCCAGGAGCUGAAGAGGACCUGAUGAAGAUUUCUGCACUGCGAGGGACAGGUUCAGGUAAAUAAAUCUUAUCUGUUCCCCCUGACCACCAGACCCCCAGCUGUGAUGUCUCUGUUGGGGGUUUUAAGGAUUCCGAAAAAGUCCCCAGUCGGUGACAGUGCCGCUUUAACACAAGUUAGAGAUGAUUUUUAAUGUUUAAUUUACUGGUGUAAUUUUAAUACAAAUUUUAUUUAGUGGCAGUCUCAUUUACUUAUGUAAUGCUUAAAAUUGUGGAAUGUGCGCCUAUAAUUGUGUGCCUUUAAGAUCUAUGGAUUGUUAAGAGUUUCCUUUUUAUUUUAGAAAACAGUAUUUCAGCCUAGAACUAUUAACGAUGUAUCCACUAUCUGUUAUAUUUUGGGCAGAUGAUUUAGUGGUACGCAUGAAAAAUGGAUUUGGCAGUUCAAAAUAUAAACCUGUUGACUAUGAACAACUGCGCGAGGAGACUGAAGCCAAGAAACUAGCAUCUGUUAACAUACAACUAAAGGUAGGAAUCUGUGCUUGCAGUCUGUCUUUGUUUUCUCAAUACUUUGCUAUUUUUGGAAUUUUUAGUUUAUUACUAGACUCUCAAAUCUGGAGCCUUGAAUUUUCUAAACUAUAUUCCUCCCUGAUUUAGGAAGACUUUACAUUUUGUUUAAACAUUGAAUAUGCAGUACCACUACAUUGUGAUUUUUAUUUUUUUAUUUUUAUAUUUAUCUUGGAUAAAACCGAUAUUGGUAAAACGAAAGUGGAACUUUUGCAGCUGCAAAAGGCGAACAGGUGGCCAGGCCAUAGGUGCUUUGAGGACCAACUUUUUUGGUCAAACUGCUCAGACAAUUUGACCAUGAACAGGGGGAUGGAAUACCUCCAAACAUUUAAAAUGGACAAAGAGGCACACAUUAAUUUUAAGGGUGUAGUUGGGGCCAGGGGCGGGGCUGUUCUGAAAAUCUUUAGGUGACUUACUAAUAACAGUUUAUGUAACUGCAACGUAAUUUAGAAAAGGAAUAAGAGGAAUGUGGUAUGUUUUUUUGGUCCAAGGGACUUAAGCAGUAGCCCAAUCUACUUGUCCUAAUAAAAAAAUAAAUUAAAUUAAAAAGAUUGGGGCACAUGCCAAGAACACUGGACAUUGACAGGUCUAUUUGCUGAACUCUGAAUUUUCACAAAAUAAAUCUGAAAGGAGUAAUGGAGGCAAAAAUAGUUCAUAUUCCCCAACACUGCUAUAGUUACAACAUCACUAUUUUUGCUUUGGUUUUGCCAUUUGAAUUUAUUUAGCAAAAAUUUGGAUACUUGCAAAUUACCCUGAGUGUUUUACCCUCUACUGUACCAUAGUCUCCUCCUUUUUCAUAAUGUGUAGUGUUUAGUAUGUAGUGUUUGCUUCCUGAAUGUCAUCUGUGCUUGUUGUGUUAUGUAUGUGUGGUGAGUCCAUGCUGUGUGCCAAGGCAGCCACUACUUAGAAAUGCAUAUUCCAGGUGUGCCCCCAAUUUAAUCUUUCUUUACAACGUGUUGGCCGCCUGGAUAUGAUGUCAUGCUGAAUUUCAGAGGCCAUGAGCUCUGAGCAUUGUGAGGAGAGGUUGGACGCUGCCACUCUUCACACAGCCUUGUGAGCUGCAGCUGGCCCAAGUUAUGGUGUCCCGGUAUGCCUGCCGGAGAUAAACUCUUCCUGUCUGGUGCCUGAAACUGCAUGUCUCGAUAUAGAGGCGAUAUAAACUCCACACCCCUGAACAAUGUAUCUUAUUUGAAAAGACUGAUUUCUAAACACAUUUAAUGUAUUUUAAAGACACAUAUUUGGGAGUAUUAUUGAUGGGGAACUCUGUUAUACACUCACACACAAACAAUAUGAAGCUCCCAGGAAAGAGGGACACAUGGAUUUGUCCCUACUAAAAUGGACCACUUGGGAGCUAUGGAAUAGCGCCAGCAGCCUACAGUUUUAUAACCACUGCAACGACAUAUAAUGCUUAUGGUAUUUGGACUGCCCUUUUAUUCACAUGAGUUUAAUUUGAAUUUGUUGGGAGGAGAGGUAUUAAACAAAUUGGAUUGACCCCAUCUCCCUGGAACGUUGCAUUAUCUCUGACCUCACGGACACGUCCCUGGUCACUGCUAUAACAUCUCUGGGUGCUCCACUUGGUGCUGCAGCCAAUUUCCGCACUCUGAACGUCGAGGUGAUCAGUGAAGAGUCUGAGCUGCUUUUCAUGCCCAUGUAGUGGACCCACAUUUGGAGCCUCGUAUUCUCGACCGUCUCGGGAUGUCUCUGAGACACAGGUUUUGUCGCCUGUGGUGGACCUACAGCGUGGUCACCACUCUGCUCAAUUGCUGCACCUGAGAGGUAAGUGCUAUCAGUUUAUUGUAGGUGGCUUGAGACUUCUCUGGAGGCCUCUCUUCCAGCUCUCGGAAUUUCUCGUGGACCACUCCUACUUCAGUGUGGACCACCCCAAGGUCCUCCUUCCAUACCUCCCGGAGGUCCACCAGGAGACGCUUUAUGUCCCCUUGUCUUGAGGGCGACUCAUCCUCCCUUGACCCUAACAGGAGGGAAACUUCAUAGGAUCUAGGUGAGGGCAUGGCCUCCCCAUCCUACUGUGAGGCCUCUGACGCCUCUGUCGCCAUCGUUGACGGCUGGUGUAGCGCCGGUCUCUCAAAAGGCUAGGCAUCUCUAAGCGAAAGGGCUUCUUGUGUUUGCGUCCCAUUGUCUCUGCUUGAGGGGUGUCUCAGUUUCUGGCUGGGAAUUGUUUGAUUUCGUGGCUUGAUUCUCUGUUUUCACUAGGCCUUUGCGGAGCCCCAUGGAAAGACGUGUGUUCAGUAUGGUUGUCAGCCACACCCCAACAAACUCCAUUUUUAUGCUCUCUGCAUGUCUGACAAAUAAUGAUUUAACUGCCAAAGGCUUGCCUAUGAAACUCUGUCUCACAAAGGGCUGAUUGCUUUAGACUAGUGCAGUGUCAUUUUAUGUGUCUAAGGAUCACAUAAAGUUUCCCCUGGAAACAUAACUAAAGGGAAACUUUUUAAACUUUUCAGUAUGAACAUUUUCAUAUAAAUUUAAAAAUAGACAUUUAUCCAGGGCUCAGCAUUCUAAAAAUAAAAGUACAAAACAAUUUGAGGGUGUUGUUCUUUAGGGUCCUGAAUCUGCAUGUCUUUCAUGAGCUUUUAAUUCAGCUGUCUCUUAGCCAAAACAUCCGCACUAACCACUAGACAUAAGAUCUUGGAUGGGAAAUGAUGAUCCUGAAUAUAUGCUUUGCCCAUGAAACAGUGGUAUUUAUUUGAAGGGAAGAUUAUGCCUAGAAUUUUAACUGGCAUUGUCACGAAUAUGAGUAUCUGAAACUGGACUUAAUAUAGAUUGAUGUUUGCUGUCCGUUCAGUCUCUGCAUAUAUCUUAUCUCUUAUUGUAUUUUGUAAUCUGUAAGGAAUAUGAAGAGCUGGUUCAAAGGGUACCAAUAUUUGCACCAAUGGUUAGCUACACAUCUUGCAUUUUCAGUGUCAUAUUAGAUCACAUCACUUUUUUUUCUCUCGCUAUUAUGAUAUUUUUAAAUAUAUUGUAUCAUAUUUUUUUUUUGAUGUUUGCUUAUAAUUCUUUUACCAACCUACGUACAACUAUGGGUGGCAGUGAUAGGCUAAGAGCAUCAGCUGAGCACUCUCAGCCUAUCACCGCUACCCAUUGCAGAUAUAAAUUGGGAUGGCCAGCUUAGAGAUACACACUGCAUUAGCCAUACCCUCCAGCAGUGGAACACAGUUACAGGUGGACAGGGUUCCUCAUUAAGCCUAGCACUGAUUGAAAAUUAUUUAACAUUGAACUACGAAACACCAACCAUGAAACACCAACCAUUUAUAUUAAGUGGUUAUGGUACAUGCAAUGUCCCUUUAAAUACAAUAAUCAUCAGACGUAACUGCAGCAUAUAGCGUUACCAUUGUGCUCAGGUGUACAUCCUUAAUGUCUGCAUGAUUCUCUCAUCCCUCUUGCACAUCUUACAAACACAACAGUCACUUUGUAACUUGUUGUAUUCCUCUUAUUUUUAGCCUGAACACGGUAUAUGAACAAAAGUACCUGUCAGCACUGCAAGUUGAUCAGCUUUCUUGUGUUUUUUUAUUCAUUGUGCUUGCCAGAAGCGACCCAGUGUCUAAUUACUUCGCUGAUUGUGUUGUCUUUUCUCAUGCUGGAGGAUAAACACACACUCUGUGCAUUCAAAACCUGUGGCCUCUCUGACAGUUAAUGGCACACAAAGGCUUAUUAUGAUAGAAUAAAGCAGUCUGUUGGUUCUAACAUAACCCUACAGGCUCCCUCCAUCUGAUAUUAUUACAUUUUUACAUCAUGCCAAAUAUAUGUAACGUUAGGCAGUCAUAAGAAAUGCCAUUGUGUAGUCUUAAAAAAAAAAGCCAAAGCUAAGCUAUAAGAUUGGUCAUUUACAGCUUGAAUAAAUAUUUCACAGCUUAGACUUUUAUUGGGUUUUAAAUGGCACUUAUUCAAAGACAAUAUGUUUCGUUUAGACAACUGAAGCAAUGAUUUGUGGUUAAUCGCAUUCUUAAUCAUAUUAAUUUGCUUCGACACUCUGAAAAGACAAAGAGAAAAUCUAGAAUAGAUCAGGAAAAAGAUAAAGCCCAUAAAAAAAAGAUAAUAGAUACAGUUAUUGGCUAAUACAUCAUCUAGUUACAGGUAGGAAGCCGUUUUGGCUCAAAACCUGCGAGAUUUGUUGAGGUACGGAUUCAGCAAGGUGCUGGGAAUAUUACAAAGGAAUUUUGUCUCCAUAACAUUGCACAGAUCUUGUAUGUUUUUCAGAAGCAAAUUUAUGCCAUGAAAUUCUCAUUCCAGCUCACCCUAAAGAUGCUCAUUUGGAGGAUAUACCUGUUAUUUUCACUGAUCCAUCUUGAGAUGAUGAGUGGUGGUUUGUGAUACUUUAUUCAGCUGGAAUCAUUGGUUUAAAAAUGUAAGGAAUGUAGACAAGAGGCUAUAACCACUAGGAAGCCAUACUCCCAAUAUCCAUGGUUAGGUAUGUUCUGAUAUUCACAUAAUGAUCAUUUGGUUGUACAGAACCUCUUGUGUGGCACUACAUCACCAAUCUAUAUCAUGCCAGCAGAGUCCCUCUUCUUGUCAAACACUUAAAAAAUGAUUUGGUAAAAAUUGGAGAGAAUGUGCUCACUGGCUCCAUUCACCAUAACCGUAAGCGGUAGUGAAUAAGAUCCGCAGAUUAUCUCUUUAAGCAUAUUGUGAUGCUGGGUAAUAAAUGCGCAUAUGGUCAGCCUCCAAACCAUCACAUAACGCUAAGGCACACAUAUUUGAUGUUAAAGGGUUACUCGGUGAUUUGAAAUGGUCAUGGUGCUUGGAGUAUGGAUGUACUGAGUUUCAGUUUGAAAUCUUGCACAUAGAGAUGUUAUUAUGAUUAUUUUUAUAUAGCACCAACAAAUUCCGUAGUGCUUUACAAUGGGUGGACUAAUAAACAUGUAAUUGUAACAAGACAAGUUUGACGCACAGGAAAAGAAGGUUUGAGGGCCCUGCUCAAUGAGCUUACGUUCCAGAGGGAGUGGGGUAAAGUGACACAAAAGGUAAGGAUAGUAUUAGGAAAGUAGAUUGGUAGAAUUGUAUUCACUGAAGACUUAAUGCUGUUUUUUGUUUGUUUGUUUUUUUUAAAUACAGUUGCAGGAGAGGAAUCAGUUGGGAGCCAUUAACAGUUUAAUUGAUACGCUUUUGUGAAAAAGUGAGUUUUUAAUGAUUUUUUGAAGGAGUGGAGAUUGGGUGAGCAUCUAACGGAAAAGAGAAGGGAGUUCCACAGGAACGUUGCAACCCUAGAGAAGUCUUGAAAGCGAGCAUCAGAAGUGGGAGUACGGACAGAGGAUAGAUGUAGGUCUUCGGCAGAGCGUAGGGGCCUCGAUGGGACAUACUUAUGUAUUAGGGAAGAUAGAUAGGUGGGAGCAGCAUUAUGUAGAGAUUUAAACACAAGAACCAGAAUUUAAAAUUGAGCCCUAUAUCUUACCGGAAGCCAAUGCAGGGACUGACAGAGGGGUGAAGCCAAUGCAGGGACUGACAGAGGGGUUCCUGUGGGCAGACAGGAAGAUUGCUGCUGGCGAUGUGACUGUAUCUCCUGCAGCAUCAUUAACCAGCCCAUAAAAAGAGUUCCAGGCUGGUUAAUGUUAAUACUGGGCAUCUGUUGUCCAAACACAUAGCAUUAUGGCAACAGGCUGUCAAUGGCGACCCAUGUAGAUGAUUGGAGGAAAAAAUGUUCAUUGGUUCAUCAUUUCAUUAUUCAGCAUGUCUAUUUCUCUGUUAAGAGCGCGAUUUAAAUUAGUAAAGAGAAGGAGACUGACUGUAAACUGCGAUGUUUUUUCCAUGCUCCUUGGGAGAAAAAUAUUUGAAGGUGUUUGUUGUUUCAUGUCAGCACUGUCAAAUCUCUCUUUUAUUCUGGAGCCCACAAAAUUGGUUAUAUAUAGUUACUUUCCUAUGUGUAAGACUGUAAUAUUUACUCUAUAUUUACUCUUUCAGUUCUACCAUCUGCUUUUAGCCGGAUAAAGUCAAAAUGAGAUCGGUAGAUCGAUAGAUUAGAUUAGAUAAUGCAGUAUGUGUUGAUAGUGAAGGCUUACCAUACACCUGGCAUAACUAUUAUAUUAACAAUUAUUAUUAUUAAGCUACAAAAAGCCAUAAAGGAACACUAUAGGGUCAGGAAUACAAAUGGUAUCCCUGACCCUAUAGUGUUAAAAACACUAUUUGGCUGUACUGCCCCCCUUAAAUAAGUAAAAAAUCUACCUUUAUUCCAGCGGGCAGGUGUCUGCCAAAGCUGGCUCUGCCCGCGUUACGCCUCUUUGGCUGAGAUCAUCAGAAUUGAUGAUCUCAGCCAAUCAAAUGCUUUCCCAUAGAAAAGCAUUGGGAAGCUAUUGCACAUGCAGUGUUUACAGCAAAAUGCCUGCAGGGACUGACAAUACUCACCAGAACAACUACAUUAAGCUGUACUUGUUCAAGUGACUAUAGUGUCCCUUUAAAUUUACCUGUAGUCUAGUGUUAAGACAAUCUUCUCUUUGCAUUCACUCACGUUGAGAUCAUGGUCUGAACAGAUCCUUCUCAACAGAAGCAUUGCAGACCUAUGGUACAUAUGCAGCAAACAACAAAGAAUGACAAAGAAUCACUGAAUCCAAUGUUUCUUUAUAAUAAGCAUUAGUGGCAAGUGCCUUUGAUUGCUUUACAUAAUGAGGCUGAACAUGAAGACAUGAAUUGAAUUUCCUAACGAUGAAAUGUCUGUCUAUCUGUCUGACAGCCUCCAGAGAUGCGUUUUAGGCAGAAUGUAAAAAUUGCCAUUUCUCAAUCUAUGCAAUGAUGUAAAGUAGUUAUGGUGGAUAGAGUGACCCUUUAAUUUGGCAAAAUUACAGGGAUUAAUAAAGUCAGUUGUCUCGGUGCAUGUACGUCUGAUAAUGGAGAGUGCUUUUUAACUUUCUGUCAUACACAAUAAUUUCAUUACUGUAUUAGGGUGGGUCUGUCUGUUCUGUUAACUUUAUAUUUUAUCAGUAAAGAAUACUUUAUGAUAAAGUGAAAUAACUGGCAUAUAAUCCCCUUGAACUUUACCUUUUCGGAAACUGAAGGCUGAUUUUUCACCUGGCAUUCGAUCAUUUAAAAUGAAUCUGACAUGGUGAAAUUAGGAAUUGAGAUGAAAGAAUUUUUGUUCUGUUCCCAGAGAGACAUCAGAGGAUUUCUGUAGGAAUAUAUUACCGUAUAUUCUGCCUGUUAAUAAGGCCCACAAAAUGUUUAAUGAAUCAUGUGGUAUAAUAUUAAGGCAUGUUCUGUAUUAAAUAUAAUACUUUAUUAAAAUACGGGUGAAAAUUUUAAUAAUAAGGUGCAAGAAGUCAGUUAUUCUUGCAUUUUCAAAAGUUACUAAGAUUAGUUCCUUCCUCUUUUAAAUUACCAAUGACUACUUUAUAUGAGACUUUUGUAGUGGGGACAUUUACAUUUUAUUUUGUUGGAGAUUUCCAAAUGAUUCAAUACUUUCACUUACAAAACUUUCAAAAUAAUUUAUGAACAAAAAAAUCUCAUAGACUUUAAUAAUAAUAAAUAAUUUGGAAUGUUUUUCCAACAGUACUAAAUAAUUUGGAAAGCUUAUUAAAUCGAUGCCUCUAUCAAUUUUUCUCAACCACUGAGUUGGACCCAACUGAAGCAGGUCUUCCCUAACUGAAAUAUAUAUUUUGUUGCCGUCCAGUCCUCAAGCAACUACUCACAGAAAAUUGUUUGUAGCAAUAGACCUACCUUUCCAGUGCCAUCGGGAAGAGUUUAAAGGGUCACUCCAGACCCCUAAGGCACUUUAGCUUGCUGAAAAGCUUUAUGUGUGAAGAGUGUGUCCUCUUUUUUUCAUUUUGCAAAAAGUGCAGAUUUCAAUAGAAAUUGAAUCUUUUAUAAAUUAAACUGGUUACACCCCCUUGUCUUUCAAGCAGACAACAGAUAAUGUUACUUCCUGGUUUUGUUAGCUCAAUGCAGCUGACACCAAGAGGCAGCAAUUGCCCACAGCACCUGACUUACAAAGACUUCUCAUUGAGCUGCAUUGGGAAGUCUGUGAUUGGACAACCACAGAAAGUCUGGGCUGGGUUAGCUUGCAAAGGCAGCAGACAAGAGAACUGCAGGUUUUGUAAGCUAAUUUUAGAUAUAUCCCCAAUGAAAAAAUACAAGAUUUAAAUUUUCAUUUAGGGUAAGUCUACUAAACAGUGAUUUUUCUUUAUCUCUUUGUUAGGGCAGUGGAGUGUCCCUUUAAAUGGACACUGUAGCUACUGUAACUGCUAUAUCUCAUUAUUGUGUCUGGAGUCCCAUGGCGUCAUCAUUCUAUUUAAAGUUAAACUGUUUGUAAUGUGUUUUUGUUUGUUUACUUAUUCAAAUUUUGUUCAAGUGCAUACACAGUACAAACAUUGCAAAGAUUACAAUAAAAGAUGGGACUAAAUAUCCAUAAAACGAGUGGUAUACAGUAAAGUGGUAUAGACAAACAGAAUUGUACAUGCGUGUUAAAGGAUUACAGCUGCGCACUGUUUAUGGUUUGCAUUGAUAUCUGUUUCAAUUUACAAACAAUAAACAAGAACAGGUGGGGAUCAGGCAAUGAGGGGUGCCUAUAAUGUUUUAAUGCUAAACUAGAGUCCCAUCCCUUAUGCAUCCUCUCUUCUGUACUGCUUGAGCGAGAAGCACUAGCCUGAGCAGGAACAUGCGGCUGUGAUUGGCUGAGAAUAUCAGCUCACUGCUUUUACUCUAUUGUAGCACCCAUUGCGGAUAUGAAUCGGUAUGGCUACAAUGAAGUGUGUGAUCACUGCCUUAGCCAUACCUUCAUUUGGGACCUGACUGUGGGUGGUCGUAAUCCUUGCUUAGAGUUAAACUGCCUGAAAAUGGUUUAACACUAAUUGGAGGGACAAUGACCGAGGACUCCAGGCACUAGUACAUAUUCAAUUAGAUGAAGUGAUUAAAGUGGUUGUAGUAUUCCUUUAAUGAUAAAGUUUUAAUUGAGUAUUUGUUUUAUUAAAGUUUCAGAAUGUGUUGCCAGUUUAACUUUACAAUUGAACAAUGGGUUAUCAAGAUUGUCAUGUACUGUAUGUUAUUCGGAUCUCUGUAAAAAUAAUGUAACCACUUAAGACCCAGUGAUGGUCUAUAUAGUCACAACAAUCUAAGGCCUCAAUUUAAUAAUCUUUUUAAAUGAUUCAGUAUGGUUUGAAAAGUUUCCAAGUUAUUUAUCUGUAGAAAACACCAUUAGAGUCCAUAGGAAUAUUUGUAGAUAAAUCAUUUGCAAGUUUUUAUAACUGGAUUGAAUCAUUUAGAAAGCUCAUUAAAUCAAGGCUUUCAUUUUUUAAGGCUCCUAAUCAAAGAUGGGGUCCUUUUAACCCCUUAAGGACCAAACUUCUGGAAUAAAAGGGAAUCAUGACAUGUCACACAUGUCAUGUGUCCUUAAGGGGUUAAAUACUUUUUGUUCUAUAAAUCAUCCAAAGCUUAGUAAGUGAUACAUUGCAUUUUGACAUGUACAGGGACAAGUUUUAUGGAACAAGAUUGUGAUGACAGCAUAGCGACGUAGCAAUUAAUCCUCAAAGUGUUGAAAACUAUUGAUGGAUUGAAGUCCAGAAUUGGUAGCUGUUGGAAGAAAUAUCUCAUCACUGAUGAUUUUAAUUCCACCUGGACUCAGUGACUGAUGUCAACAGUGUAGGUUGGUAUGGGGAGCACUCAAGAAUUAAUAGUUUCCGGCAGAAUUUAUAUAAAUCCAGCGGGAGCCACUACCAAGCUAGCUGCCAGGCUUCCAUAACUUCAGCAGUUAUUUGCUCUCCAUUUUAUUAGGACCUUAAUAACAACAAGGGCAUCUGCCACCCACACUCUUAAAAGUCCAAGAUCAUAGAAUGAAUGUAUUGGGUUUCUGCAUCCAUCAGUGUAUACUGAAUAGAUUGCUACUAAUUCAUAUCAUAUGCUCUGCUAUAACAAACCAUGUACCCCUAUCGACUUCUUCUGGUGGUUAAGUGGGUAAGCUGAGGUCCCCUUAGGUGGACCAGCUAAUUUUAUUACUCCUUUUCAUCACACACAAUGAGCCACAUCCAGCUGACAUAUGAUGUCAUAUCCUCAUACCUCUUUGUAGUACAGCCCAUUGUACUGUGGGCCCUGCUUUGUGCAUCCCUGGGUAAGGGGCUUUAAGGAGAUUCAAAUAAUUUGACAAUGCUGGGGGUGCUCUGCUUUUUAGUUUUUAAUCUCAGAGUUGGCUUAAGCAAUUCAAAGUACAAUCGAGGUGAAUACCCACUUAAAAUACCAAGUACCUGUCACUUCCUUAAUCAGCUGUGUGCAGAUGUGGCGGGAUGUUCCAAGUCCUGUUGAUAGGACAAAAAUGUCUCUCACUGUCAUGUUUAACAACCACCACGAUUAACAAAAGAGACAGAGAUUAGGUUACGCUUGGGACAGGAAACUGGACAUUCAUUGAUUUAAAAUAUAUAUAUUUUUUAAUCAUUUAGUCUUGUCAGACUUUGCCAUGCACCAAGUGUGUGAAACCUGCACAUCUCAAUACACAUUUCCCUCUUUGCUAGAUCAUUUUGUGGCAUGUGUAGUAAAUUUAAAUCUGUUGUAGAAUUACAAUGAUGAUUUGCCAGCUUGAAUGUGUACUUCUACAACAGCUGGGAAUAUGUCAUUUGGUCAUCUUUGGUAUAAAACCUCGGAGCUCUAGAUCCAGAACAAUAAGUCCAAGUUUACUAUGCAUGGAUAAGUAUUUGCUUCCAAUGCCAUGUAGAGAUAGUUUAGACUUUAGAAUUCUCGAGCUAUCUGCAGUGUACUUUCAAUCACAAAAUCCACAUUUGCAGCAAAGGAACUGGAUUUCUGAUUCAUCAAAUAAAACCGUUAAAACGCGCAGCCCAAAAUUAUGCAGCAAGGGCAAUACUCUGUCUAUGAAAUUGUGUGGGGCACAUGGGACCUACAUAUAGUGAUGUCCUCAAGUCAUCCAUUUCUGACGGAGGAGAACAAAAGUACUUUCAGAGGUCUUUCUCAGACCUCUCAGAUUUUCUAUCAAUCUCCUUUGCAGCAGAAACCCUUUCCCCUCCCCUCCACUAUUUAAUUUUUUUUUAUUGUUUUGCACCUUUUGCUACAUACAAAUAGCUCAUUUUCUUUUAUAAUUGUAAAAACCAGUCAAGUUGCAAGUUGCGCUUGUUCAUCAUAUGCUGUACAACUGACUCUUUCACUUGAUUGCAAAUUAAAGACAUAACAAAAAAUGCAUACAUUCUUCAUUCUGUCAAACAACUCUGUGGAACAAAGGAGUGGUCAAGGUGAAAGUUAAAAAAAGAGAAAUUCACAAAACAUCUUCUGCAUUGGGCUUUAAUGUCGUUUGUCAUAGGCUGGUGUGGGAUAUGCUCACUUGGUCACUGCAGUGCUUUGAUUACAAUUAUGAUCUAUGCACAAUAGUUGACGCUGACUUUACUAUGUUUAAAGGUAGACAUCGUUUGAUUAUUGCAAUCUAUCCUGAAGGUAUCCACAGCGCUGUGAAAUUUAUAAUAAUAACGGCAGCAAUGAUGUGUAGCGUAAGAAAGGGUUAAUUAUUACCGACUUGUCCCUAAACCAGAUGUCAGACACAAUAUUGCAGAAACCUGAUCAAAUGAUAAUCAAAUGAACAAUAUCAAACGUUUAAAAAUACGCAAUAGAAAUUCUCUGUAGAAUAAUCACCUAGCAAUACUCCCGCAUAAAGUUUUAUAAAUACAUGUUUACAGAUACUGUUCAUGGAUAGUUUAAUUUAAUAAAUACAAAUUGUUCUUGAUUUCUCGUAGAGAUUAGUGUGUUACAAAGAACUCCUAUGUACUAUAGCAUUUCUUAGUUAUGGACUGUAGAAGCUCUUUCCGUCUACUUUAAGUGAGAAUUCAUCUUUUUCUGAUGAUAACUUGCCAAGACCAUUAUGUACAUUAGCCAUUGGUCAUCAAGGGGUUAAUAUGAAAAUAAAGGUAUUAGGUUUGUCCAGUAGUUUUUAAUAACUAGACAAGCAUUUAUUUUAUUUUUUAUUUUAUUUUUUUUUAAAUUCUUUAUUUAUCAAUCAUGCAUGGUGUUUGUACAUAAAAGAAAAAAGGGGCGUCAUAUGCAUACAUUUGUCAGUACAAUGGAGUGUAACGUAAAGUACAGACGAGGGUGUUGAAUAGGAGCAUCGUAUACAGUGUUCUUCGUCCUUUUUCACCAGGUUUUUUAGGUGCAGAAUGUAGUAAAGCUAGUCAAUGACAAUGUUCACAGGGGCAUAGCAAGCGGUGACAAUGUUUGCAUUUCAUAGAGCCAUACAGGUUCAACGUAUAAUAAGGUAUGUUACUGUCAUUAUUGUUUAUUUUAUUUUUUAGAUAAAAAGAUAUCUCUUGGUAGCAGAAGAGGCUCAAGUCUUGUUAGACGCCCACUUGGACUUUUUACUAAUUCUCUUCGCUUCCUUUUAUUGUCCAUGAAUUUUGGUUAAUACUGCAAUUUGAUAUUAAUUUGGUUUUAUGACUUUUUUUCAAUUAUGGAAAACCUCAAUAAAUACUUUCAUUACAAAAAAUAAAUAAAUUGCAGCUUGGUAGAAGUAUUGAAUUCAGUUUUCUCCAUUAGUGUUUUUUUUAUAUUACAUUUAGGCUUUUAAGGCCUGUCAGGACAUAUCACUGACACUCACUGCAACUUCCCAUUCAAAAAAAAGCCAUCAUUAAAGGAACGGGCUCAGCUGUAGAGUGAUGACAUGAUGGUGGCAGCUGCAGAUUCCAGUGGGAAACAUCAGUGUCCACUUUGUUUUAAGAAAUAACGUUCAACAUAAUGUGAUCCACUUUGAAAGAAAAUAUAUUUUUGGAGCAUCAUUGUCCUUGUGUUAAAAGAACAGGACUUUUUUUUUUUUUUUUACAUUUUUUCAGGUAAUAGUAAACCUGGAUGUUGUACUGAGGCCUUGGGACCUACAUCAUUUUAUUUUAAUAUGUGCAGGAAAUUUGCAUUGUAUAGCAGACAUAGAGCUGCAAGUUGCUUUUUUUAAAUUUUUUUUAUUUGUGCAUUUUCUGGUCAGUAGCCAAGAUUUAAUUCAUAAGGAUUUAUCUUUGAGUUCUUAUAUUUGGAAAACUCCAGGUCUACAACUGAUUUGUAAAAUCUUAGCAUGAUAGUCGAUUUGGUUGAUAUAAGGCAUUGUGGGGUAAUAUGAAAUUUAAAUGGAAAUUGGAAAACAACCGUAAAUGUGCAAAUUCACUUUCUGGUCAGUCCAAAGCUCCCUGUAAUUUGAGGGGCAGAUCUGGGGAUUUUAGUUGUCUGGUAAGAUUUCCAUCAUUAUAUGCUUUGAGAUGAGAGAAUUAUUUAAUGAAUGCGUGACUCCAGCAAACGAGGAACAAGCCACCAAGUUAAAUAAUUGCUGUGGUCCCAAAGACCUCUUGAAUAGUAUAGAGAGAUUGUAUGUUCCUUUUAUCCCCUGUGCCAUAAGUGUUACAUUAGUAGUGACAGUAAUGAUCUCUAGAAUAGAACCACUGGCCCCUUCCCCAUGUAGAUUGAAGAUGGUUGUAAAAUGGGCCUCAAAAGACAUGCCUUGGUGCCAACACUUUCUCUCCAGGCAAAUGUCCUGCUCUGUGGGAUAUGUGACAAUAAAAUAUAAUAAUUUUCUUUUAUAACCUUUCUCUAUGUAAAAUGGCUUUUACAAUAGAAUAGAAAAGGACAUUUAAAAUACAACACAUUGCAUGCAGGGAGAAAAAGAUCAAUGGUUGAAAAAGGAAGCAGGUAAAAGGAGCAGUGCCAUGUCAUGGAAGGUGACAGAAGAAGAGAGAUACAGAAUAAUAAUAAUAGGUAGAAUGGGAAGAGGUACACAUUCCGAUCCAUGUAGGGGAACUAAAUAUCUCAGAGAGACAUGAAAGGGGUGCAGAAGAAGAUAGACACUGCCAUGUCGUGCAAUGGUGCGUGAUAUUCUACAAGACCAUGUGAGGAAACAUAGAAGAGACCCAUCCUUGAACCAUUUCAAUCAAAACGUGAUGGGUAUCUCAUUGAAUUGCAAAGCAGUAGAACUCCUAUUUUUAACAUGAUUAAAGCCGAAGAGCCAUGAGCCAGGCCAUAUGUGAGUUCAAUAAAGGUUUUCUACCACUUUGUAUAUUCAGUGUGAUGCUCAUCUCUUUUUAUUGAAAUUACACUAGGGGCAGGAAGGUGGCCCAGCAUGAGGCAGAGCUUCACAAUUGGUGGGUGAUUGAGCAUUACUGUUGAUGAUUGACAUCCCUGAGCCAUUUGAGGGUAUGUGACCUUCCACCAAUUUAUGUAGGUUUUCAGUAGAAGAGGCAAUGGUUAUCCAUACAAAGGAGCAAGACUUUCAUAGCACCAUGCAAAGAAAGGGAUAGAAAGUCUAGCCUGAGUCAGCUUAGACCAUAGCCCAGAGGUUAACUAGUAAACAAUGAAUGUAUUCGUAGUUUGGUUAUAAUACAAACUAUUCAAAGAAAAAUUGUGCACAUUUUGUGUUAAUGGGACACUCCAGGGUGGAUUGAUAAUAAUUUUUUAAUGCAUUUAUAGAGAGAAAAUUAAAAAAUCUAAAUACAUUUGCCUGCAGUGUCCUUUUAAUCAGAAUUGAAAGAAAGCUAUUAUCGGCUUCCCCAUGAAUGUACAUAUAUAGCUGUUAGCGUUCAACAAAAACCUACAUUGCAAAGGUUUUGUAAAUGGUGGGAACUCAAAGUGAUAUUUAUGGUUGAAAGUGAUUGUGCUUAAGGUAUUAACAUCUGUUUGUAGAUAUAAAAUAUGUUUCAUGUAAAACCAAACAAGAAUAAAACAGGACCGAAGAGAGGUAACUUAAUAUACUGCUGGAGUGUAGCAUCCCAGUGGGCUUCAUUUAGUUGAUGGGCUUGUUGGCAGAUAUUCUCACAGAAUACAUGUAAAGGUUAGAUCGCUUCAGAUGAAUUGCAUCGCAUUUACCUUUGUCAGGUGUGAUGGGAGCAAUUAUUUCUCUGUUUGGUGAAAUGAUAGACAACGUCUAGAAGAUCGGUACAAAGACGACAGCAUCUGAAUUAACUAUAUAACAAUCUGAUUGGGGUUUGCUCAACAGAACAUGACAAUACCAUUCCAUGUAAAGAUCUUACUAGCCCAACUAUGUUCACAAGUGUCGCAUUAUCAGAGGCACGUGGAAAAAGAUUUUUCCGUUGAGCUCUGUGCUUGUAUAGCCACCAGAUUGUUUGUGUUGUUUCUUUGUGAUUAAAUUUUGUUCCCCCUAUUGGCUCUGCAUACUAACCAUUUAAAACUGUGUAUUCUUAUAUAUGUACACUUGUCUUUGUAUAUUCUAAUUUUGACACAUGUCAACUCAACCAAAGAAGUGAUGCAAGUGCAAUGUUACUUUUUUCCCUCAGCAUCGUCCAGCAUGCAGGGGUAAUAUGCAUACUGUUUAAUAUUUAAUUUUUAUAUCUGAAGUGGCAGUCCAUCUUUAAAAUGUUAGAACUUUCUCAUGGGGGUAUAAACCACAGAAUUGUAGCUGCAUUGGUACAUAUGCAUCUGUGCAUUCACAACAUUUUAUAUGAUGUUUGUCAGCACUGCUGGUGCGUACAUGUGCACACUCAACCUAUACCAGAGGCAUUCAUCCAAACGUUGGGUACUUAGGAUAUUUGAUGUUUAAAUGUGAUAACAAUAUCACAAGUACAAUAUAUUGAUUACCUGAAACAGACAUUGUCAGGCACACAUUUAUUUUAUAAAAGUUUAAUGGGACGCAUUAUGCCAUUGUUUCACAGUAAGCUGUCCAACCAUUUUACAAGCAGUCAAACCAUUUUUCCAAUAGUUUGACAUUUACCCGAGUCUCCAGGUCUAGCCCUUUUUGCCUGAUAUAUCUAAAGAGGAAGCUCCCCUGCCACAAUAGAUGUAUUCAUUUUGUCCAUAUUUGGAUUAAAUCUAUGCUCUCGGACAAUGAAUUCUUGCCAAGUAUGGGUAGAAUUCAUGUCACUAAAUUGGAACUUCCGUUAAUAGCAAUAUCAGCAGAGCAGGCCAAACUAGAGCUAACUAGGGGAAGCAGGUACGUAUCAAAGUAUUUGAAAACACAUUGGCUCUUACCCAGGGCAAGGCACCAGGGGACUCAGUAACCACUACAAUGUAUUGGGGCGGUUAUGAUGCCUAGACUAUCUCUUUAAGGAAUAUCUACAAUUCACAAAUGCUUUGAGAAGAAUGUUUGUUUCUAAAUAUACCUGUCAGGUGUAACUGUGUACAGGUGCAUUGAGACAAUGCAUCAUUAAUUCAUUACCCCCUACGGCAUGUUUAUGUCUACAGUCCCACGCUGUGUGGUUUCCGUAUGUGGGAUUUUUAUCAUGUUAGACAAGAAAGUUCGUAUCAUACUCUACAUAUCGGUUUAUCACCUUACAUCAGUGAAUGCAUGAAGCGAGAUCAUGUUACAUAUGGUGUAAUAGACAGGGCUAGACAACACAUACCUUUUUAUCUGUUAUUGAGCUACAAUGCUAAUGCUGGUUUAUUCACUCAUCCAGACAUUUUACACAAUUUAUACGUUUUAAACAUGAAUAGUCCUAAGAUUAUUUACCCCUUUGGGUUGCUUUUCCCUUUUCUCUCCUAUGUAUAACCUUGAAUAAUGUUUACACUAUGUCUGUGGUUCACUGAUAUUUUACUGUAUAAUAGCUCAUUCAAGGCACCUCACUGCACAUUGUCAUUCACCAUUAUACUGCGUUAUACUUUAAUAACAUUUUAUAACAUUUUGAACAUGAUUUAUACAUUCACAUUUUUGUAUUUGCACAUUUAACCCCUUAAGGACACAUGACAUGUGUGACAUGUCAUGAUUCCCUUUUAUUCCAGAAGUUUGGUCCUUAAGGGGUUAAUGUGCUUACAUUUUGCACUUACCAUGUCUCUGUAUUCAGUGUACUGUGUGUAUGCACUCUGUGCAGGCCCAGACUGGCCAUCGGGCAUAACGGGCAUAUGCCCGCUGGGCGGCGAUGGCCAAGGCCGGCAGGGGAGAUCACAUGAUCUCCCCUGUCAGCCCAUGCAGAGCCGGCGCUAUCUGAGCACCGGCCCUGCUGUGUGCCUUCAUGGGCUGGUGAGGAGAUCAAAGAUCUCCCUCACUGGCCCACAGGCACUGAUAUGCGGCUGGAAGGAGGCAGGAGAGGACCCGGGGAGCUCUAGCCAGCUGCUCCACUGGGUUACACUCCGGCUGCACCCUCAGACACACACAGCACCCUCCGACACACACAUUACACAUGCACAGCACACUCUCACACAUAUACAACACACACACACAUAUAUAUAUAUAUUAACCCUCAAUGAGUUAACAGACAAAGACAAUUAUAAACAUAGAAUGUGACGGCAGAUAAGAACACCCUUACACACACAGCACCCUUCACACAUACACACAGCACACCCAACACACUGCGCCCCUCACACAUACAAUACGUCCAAACAUAUAAAAUAUACACUCUGAAUCCUCUACACACACACACAAUCUCCGAUACACACUCUGGGUCCUUUACACACUAGAUAUCCUACAAUAGAGAAAAUGCUACCUGACUUCCAGGGUUACAGUUUCACUUUUAUAAUUCCGGGGGAAAUCGAUAAUUUCUAGAAAUCAUGUUUGCUUUGAUCACCCUCAAGAGUUUACAAUCGAAGCAAUUUACAGUUACCAAAUACACUGCUGCUAAGUAAAUCACAAUUUAUAGCAGUCACUAGGUAACCUUAACUAGGUAAUCCUCUCUCAGGAUUAUGUCCUAAAAUGUUAAGUUAUUUUCAAAUUUAAGAUCAGAGUAGUUGAAUUGAAUGCAUAGCUGAUUUAGAGAAUUUCCCAAUUUUCCCAAUCUGACUUUAAAUGUGAAAUUUACUGUGAAUUCUCAUUUUAGUAACUAGCCCUGUCUGUAUCCAGUGGUGUGCAAAGCUAACAAUCCUGAGCAGAAAGUGCUAAAGUGAAAAAAAUAGAAACAAAUAAUUCAGACUUUUUUUUUAAUGCGUUUAACACUUGUAAUUUGCUAACCAAAUAGCAAAAGCAAAUUGUUAGAAAAUGUCAUAAUAUUGCAAACAUUUAAAAAAAAUUAACAAUUGGAUUUUCUCACGUUAAAAAUACUCUGCAAUGUGUAUUUUAACAUGUUAUUUUGUGCACGCGAUAUGUACCGUGUGCAUUUGUAUUCACUUUUUUUUACAUUAUAUAGAUAUAAUGAACACAUGUAUAGAACUUUAGGUAUACUGGCGAUAUUCUCACUAAUGUUUUUCUAUACGCAUUUCAUAUUUAAAAUUUUGACUGGUAAGUACAUGCCCCUUAUAUGUAGUCUGUUUUACAAACUACUAUGUUGUCCUAAACUGGGCAUUUCCUUUGUUUAUUGUCUUCAGUUCCCAAUUUAGUGGAUGAGCCCCAACAGUAUACCUCUAGUUACAAAUGACCAAUUUGGAUAGCAACGUUCCUCUCUUUUUCAUGGCCACUUCCAUCUUAUAUGUUGCAGAGACCAACAAACCAACAGCAUUACCUCUUAUACUGUUUGCAGUGCCCAUCAUCCAUAAUUGCAGCAACAACUUUAACCAGACCUGGAGAUGUGAUUGAAGACUAUUGUCCAAUUAACCAAUUCUUUCUGUAUAGUAGCCCUGACUGUUUGAGCUACUCUAUACAAGGACAAUGGCCCAUUUCAUGUUAAACAGAGUUUAGUCUAUUCAGAACGGUACUUUAGAUUACAGCUGUUACGGUACGGAGAGAGUGUGGGAGGGAUAAUGGCAUUGUCUGAGGGAUGUAAUGGCCGGGAUCAUUAGACUGGUAUGAAAAAGAGAAGACUUACUCUGUCAGGUUGGAGACCGAGUUAAAAGGACAAUUACAUGUGGUUUGCGGGGAUUAUUAUAAUAAUUACAACGCACCAGUUACCAGUAUAAUGAAAUUGCUGCGUGGCCUUCACCGAUCAUUUGUUGUUAAAUGCAGGGGGACAAGUUUCACUUUCAAAAUAUAUUAUCGAAUAUGAUGAACUAUGUUAGUGCUAUAAUCAGUAUUCCCCAUCAGAUUACACAUUUCCAUAAAUAUUGGAACUAUAUAUUUUCCACUGAUAGCCAUAUUUGUCAUCCCUGUUCAUGAUUUCAUGAAAUAUUAGCACUUCUUGGUUUUCUUAUAUUCCAGAGGAAAAGCGAAAUAUUCUUUAUGGCUGCUGCUUACUGGUAGACAAUGCACUUAUAGUCACAUCUAGAGAUACUGUCUCUCUCAUAGUAACAUCUAGAGAUACUGAGCAAUGUCCCUCUCACAGUGACAUCUACAGACAUUGAGCACUGUCCCUCUCAUGGUGAUAUCUACAGACACUGAGCACUGUCCCUCUCAUAGUGACAUCUAGAGAUACUGAACACUGUCCCUCUCAUAGUGACAUCUACAGACACUGAGCACUGUCCCUCUCAUAGUGACAUCUAGAGACACUGAGCACUGUCCCUCUCAUAGUGACAUCUAGAGAUACUGAACACUGUCCCUCUCAUAGUGACAUCUACAGACACUGAGCACUGUCCCUCUCAUAGUGACAUCUAGAGACACUGAGCACUGUCCCUCUCAUAGUGACAUCUAGAGAUACUGAGCACUGUCCCUCUCAUAGUGACAUCUACAGACACUGAGCACUGUCCCUCUCAUAGUGACAUCUACAGACACUGAGCACUGUCCCUCUCAUAGUAACAUCUAGAGAUACUGAGAAAUGUCCCUCUCACAGUGUCAUCUACAGACACUGAGCACUGUCCCUCUCAUAGUGACAUCUAGAGAUACUGAGCACUGUCCCUCUCAUAGUGACAUCUACAGACACUGAGCACUGUCCCUCUCAUAGUAACAUCUAGAGAUACUGUCUCUCUCAUAGUAACAUCUACAGACACUGAGCACUGUCCCUCUCAUGGUGAUAUCUACAGACACUGAACACUGUCCCUCUCAUAGUGACAUCUACAGACACUGAGCACUGUCCCUCUCAUGGUGAUAUCUACAGACACUGAGCACUGUCCCUCUCAUGGUGAUAUCUACAGACACUGAGCACUGUCCCUCUCAUAGUGACAUCUAGAGACACUGAGCACUGUCCCUCUCAUAGUGACAUCUAGAGACACUGAGCACUGUCCCUCUCAUAGUGACAUCUAGAGAUACUGAACACUGUCCCUCUCAUAGUGACAUCUACAGACACUGAGCACUGUCCCUCUCAUAGUGACAUCUAGAGAUACUGAGCACUGUCCCUCUCACAGUGACAUCUACAGACAUUGAGCACUGUCCCUCUCAUGGUGAUAUCUACAGACACUGAGCACUGUCCCUCUCAUAGUGACAUCUAGAGAUACUGAACACUGUCCCUCUCAUAGUGACAUCUACAGACACUGAGCACUGUCCCUCUCAUAGUGACAUCUAGAGACACUGAGCACUGUCCCUCUCAUAGUGACAUCUAGAGAUACUGAACACUGUCCCUCUCACAGUGACAUCUACAGACACUGAGCACUGUCCCUCUCAUAGUGACAUCUAGAGACACUGAGCACUGUCCCUCUCAUAGUGACAUCUAGAGAUACUGAGCACUGUCCCUCUCACAGUGGCAUCUACAGACACUGAGCACUGUCCCUCUCAUAGUAAUAUCUAGAGAUACUGUCUCUCUCAUAGUGACAUCUACGGACACUGAGCACUGUCCCUCUCAUAGUGACAUCUAGAGAUACUGAGCACUGUCCCUCUCAUAGUGACAUCUACAGACACUGAGCACUGUCCCUCUCAUAGUAACAUCUAGAGAUACUGUCUCUCUCAUAGUAACAUCUAGAGAUACUGAGCACUGUCCCUCUCACAGUGACUUCUACAGACACUGAGCACUGUCCCUCUCAUAGUGAAUUCUAGAGAUACUGAACACUGUCCCUCUCAUAGUGACAUCUACAGACACUGAGCACUGUCCCUCUCAUGGUGAUAUCUACAGACACUGAACACUGUCCCUCUCAUAGUGACAUCUAGAGACACUGAGCACUGUCCCUCUCAUAGUGACAUCUAGAGAUACUGAACACUGUCCCUCUCAUAGUGACAUCUACAGACACUGAGCACUGUCCCUCUCAUAGUGACAUCUAGAGAUACUGAGCACUGUCCCUCUCACAGUGACAUCUACAGACAUUGAGCACUGUCCCUCUCAUGGUGAUAUCUACAGAUACUGAGCACUGUCCCUCUCAUAGUGACAUCUACAGACACUGAGCACUGUCCCUCUCAUAGUGACAUCUAGAGAUACUGAACACUGUCCCUCUCAUGGUGAUAUCUACAGACACUGAGCACUGUCCCUCUCAUAGUGACAUCUAGAGACACUGAGCACUGUCCCUCUCAUAGUGACAUCUAGAGAUACUGAGCACUGUCCCUCUCAUAGUGACAUCUAGAGAUACUGAGCACUGUCCCUCUCAUAGUGACAUCUACAGACACUGAGCACUGUCCCUCUCAUAAUAACAUCUAGAGAUACUGAGAAAUGUCCCUCUCACAGUGAUAUCUACAGACACUGAGCACUGUCCCUCUCAUAGUAAUAUCUAGAGAUACUGUCUCUCUCAUAGUGACAUCUACGGACACUGAGCACUGUCCCUCUCAUAGUGACAUCUAGAGAUACUGUCUCUCUCAUAGUAACAUCUAGAGAUACUGAGCACUGUCCCUCUCACAGUGACUUCUACAGACACUGAGCACUGUCCCUCUCAUAGUGAAUUCUAGAGAUACUGAACACUGUCCCUCUCAUAGUGACAUCUACAGACACUGAGCACUGUCCCUCUCAUGGUGAUAUCUACAGACACUGAACACUGUCCCUCUCAUAGUGACAUCUAGAGAUACUGAACACUGUCCCUCUCAUAGUGACAUCUACAGACACUGAGCACUGUCCCUCUCAUAGUGACAUCUAGAGAUACUGAGCACUGUCCCUCUCACAGUGACAUCUAGAGAUACUGAACACUGUCCCUCUCAUGGUGAUAUCUACAGACACUGAGCACUGUCCCUCUCAUAGUGACAUCUAGAGACACUGAGCACUGUCCCUCUCAUAGUGACAUCUACAGACACUGAGCACUGUCCCUCUCAUAGUGACAUCUAGAGAUACUGAGCACUGUCCCUCUCAUAGUGACAUCUAGAGAUACUGAACACUGUCCCUCUCAUGGUGAUAUCUACAGACACUGAGCACUGUCCCUCUCAUAGUGACAUCUAGAGACACUGAGCACUGUCCCUCUCAUAGUGACAUCUAGAGAUACUGAGCACUGUCCCUCUCAUAGUGACAUCUAGAGAUACUGAGCACUGUCCCUCUCAUAGUGACAUCUACAGACACUGAGCACUGUCCCUCUCAUAAUAACAUCUAGAGAUACUGAGAAAUGUCCCUCUCACAGUGAUAUCUACAGACACUGAGCACUGUCCCUCUCAUAGUAAUAUCUAGAGAUACUGUCUCUCUCAUAGUGACAUCUACGGACACUGAGCACUGUCCCUCUCAUAGUAAUAUCUAGAGAUACUGUCUCUCUCAUAGUGACAUCUACGGACACUGAGCAAUGUCCCUCUCAUAGUGACAUCUACAGACACUGAACAUUGUCCCUUUCAUAGUGACUUCUAGAGACACUGAGCACUGUCUACAGUAACAGCACCAUGCUACCUUUUCUAGAGACACCUGAGAUUGCCCUCCUCACAGUAAUAGUUCCUUCCUAUGAAGGCAGUAGCUAAAUCUUCUCCUAAAAGGGCUGUCCACCACGCUUUUCACCAUGUAGUGUAGCAGACUUGGAAGAAAAAAAAUCAACUUUGCAAGUUAUCACAUCCCUGUUACAUGGAUAAUGUCCCUAAAACUCUUUAACUCAGUAUCUCCCAAAAUAUAAUGUUACUGUGAAACCUGUAAUAAAAGCCUUUGUUUGUGCUGUAAAGAGAUUUCUGAAACUAAAAGCUUUAAUUCUCAUGUGGAAAAUUUGAGAUUUGAUCUAGUUAACUCUUUCAUUGAUCUUUAAACACCCUGUUCUAGAUCAGAAUGGUUUAACUUUCCAUUUCUUUUUCCAAACCCAGGUUAAGAAAACCCAACGUGCCUCAAAGCUAACAAAAGACCAAACGCUUGUGAAACAGCAGACACAGGUGUGGUGGAAGGAACACGAACAACUCAGUGAAAGUCGGUAAGGAGGAGGAAACCCAUAAUUAUGUUUUGGCCGUACAAUUAAUCAGUUUCUGUUGCUUUGUUGAUUGCUUGGCUCUGUUCUGGUUAUAGUAACAGGAGAAACCUUUGUUAUUGCUUCUUUUUUUUACCCAGAGUUUCGGGGUAAACAGGACCAUCUCCAAAAUUUAAGGUGAGAGGGUAGACUCAUACAUUUCAUGAUUUUUAUAGUUGCAUUCUGCAAUAUUCAAUUAGUUUAAAUAGUAGUAUUGUAUCUAAAAAAACAUCCAUUAUUACCUUUUGGGAUCACAUGAACCCAGUACAAUUAGACAUUAGUAGUAUUGAUUUCCUCUGGCAAGAAUUCUACAUAUUUCUGGGCAGCAUUAUUCAUGUACUUCCCAACAGCAUGUACAGCUCAGCUUUCCAGGAAACCAUAGGUGAGCAUAGCAUCAAUUAUUUUAUAAAUAAGUGGUUAAAAUACAUACUGCAGGGUUUGUUUUAAAUUUUACAAAGCGUGUUCUAUAAGCACGCAUUAUUCACAUAUGUUCCUUAUUAAAACAGUUGUGUGCAUAUGGGUCCAGAUCUACAGAAACGGUCGUACUGACUCAUUGGUCUGGAACAGUGUUGUUACCUGGCUCCUUUUACAAUGUCCCCCUCUCCCAUGUCUCCAGUUCUAUGAAAUGGAGAGCUUUUGACAGAAAGGGUGGCUUCUCAUGUCUAAUAUAUUUAUUAAUUUUUUUUAUUAUUAUUAUAUUUUUAUAGCGCCCAAAAAUUCCAUAGUGCUUUACAAUGGGUGGACUAACAAACAUGUAAUUGUAACCAGACAUGUUUGACGCAUAGGAACAGAGGGGUUGAGGGCCCUGCUCCAUGUGUUUACAUGCUAGAUGGAGUGGGGUAAGUGACACAAAAGGUAAGGGAGGUAUUAGGGUAGUAGAUUGGUAGAAUGGUUUUCACUGGAGGGGGGGGGGAGGAGGGGCAAGAGAAGAAGCUGAUUUAUUUGGGGGCAAAUAAACAACUCUGUUUGCCAUGAUGAAGAAGAGGUCUGCCGAUUGCUUUGAGCUACAUCUCCCAUUUAAUCAGAUGGAAAAAAAUGAUGGGAAAAUGAUGAUUGAUGUUUAUGGGACAGCCAUUAAAUGCUGAUUUUAUUUACAGAUCAAGUGAAAAGUGCCCAACUGAGGGAAAUAAGAGGAGCAGUAAAAAAAAUAUAAAUUUAGCUCCAAGCAGGAUUCUUCCAGACAAUUUGACUUCAGCGAGACAGAUCAGCUACCCGUGUGCGAGUUGGAGAUGUCAGUGAUUCAUUGAUUCUCGUGUAAACUAGUGAGGGGUUCAGCUUAUCGUCUAGCUAGUGCCAGUGCCACAGCCAGAUUCACAUAUUUAAAAUCAUUUUAAUAAUAUUUUUUUCAUUUGGAAAAGAGAUAUUGGUGAUUAUUACAUGGACCCUGGAGAUGAAUGGUAGGAUAAUAUGGGAGAAUGCUGCUGCCUGUGGGUGUGCAGGAGCAAUGUUACCAAAGGUUGAUGAUAUGGGAUGUCUUAUCAGAUCGGUCUUUGCAUAUGGGAGCUAUGAGUUCAGAUUUCUGUUGGAGGAAUUCUGUUUAAUUUGCAUCAGGAAAAGUUGAAUUGAGGUUUUGCAAAACCAAACCUGCUGUUAAAUUGUUAAAUGGUUUAUUUUUGUGAGUCAAAAUGUGUUGAAAUAAAAAUCUAACUUAACUUGUUUUCAGUUGCAAACGCCAUUCUGAUAAAAGAUAGGUGUUUUAAAGCAGACAAUUCUGAAAGGUGCUCCUAGGAACCUUAUAAUUUUAGUGGACCUUUUGCACUUAGUACAUUUUCCUUGUAAUAUUUUAUUUAAAGGGAUAACCCAGGCUGGAUCAAACAGCCAAUUUUAUUGUAUUAUAUAGUUAAAGGGACACUUUAGUCACCAUAACAACUACAGCUUAUUGAAUUUGCUCUGGUGAGUAGAAUCAUUCAAUUCAGGCUUUUUGCUGUAAACAUUGUCUUCUCAGAGAAAAUACAGUGUUUAAAUUACAGCCUAGUGAUAACUCCACUGGCCACUCCUCAGAUGGCUGCUAGAGGUGCUUCCUUGGGCAGUGCUGCACACUGUGCAGCACUGCCAUUCAGUUUCUCCACCCUCUGCAUGCAGACACUGAACUUUCCUCAUACAGAUGCAUUGAUUCAAUUCAUCUCUAUGAGGAGAUGCUGAUUGGUCAGGGCUGUGUUUGACUUCUGCUGCCUCUGUCCCUGAUUUUCCUCCUUGACAGUCUCAGCCAAUCCUAUGGGGAAGCAUUGUGAUUGGCAUUUGUUCCACAUUUCUGAUGAGGUCAGCCAAGGGGCAGAGCCAGCAGCAGUAGACUGCAAUAAAAGUAAGAUUUUGCUAUAUAUAGGGUGCAAUGAGGGUCCAGGGUGCUGGAUGGUGGUUUUAACACUAUAGGGUCAGGAAUACAUGUUUUUGUUCCUGACGCUAUAGUGUUCCUUUAAUGCAUUACCCUAACCACCAUAAAAAUUCUGAUGUAAAUUCCUUUAAACUUCUGUAUAGCAGAGGUUUAUGGGUAUAUAGUUCGGACUCCAGCAGCAGUUUCAUGAAUAGCUGGUGAACUGCUACACUGGAACCGUUUUCAGUGUAUUACUGCCCCAUUCUCAGAUAGAUGAACAGGGGAGGUGGGGACUUUAAAGUUAAGCAUGUGGACUCCAUACAAAAAUUAUGCAGUAUACAACCCAACAUCCUCACAUAAUAGCAGUUAACGAUGACAGUUCAAAAGAUUUUAUAAUUAUCAAUACCGCACUCUCAUGGAUCCCAGGGUGUAACCGAGCCAAUCCUCACAAUGUGAUUUGCAAAAAACUAAUGAUGGUCCAGGCACUCAAGUUCAAUACAGUGGGCAGAUGUAUUGGAGCAAAAUCGAAACAACGUUUCAGCCCACAACAGGCCCUUUUUCCUGUCCUAUUGUGUUUUACACCCCACCUCAUAUAGACUGUAAGCUUGUUUUAGUAUGGUUCUCUUCAACCUAUUGUUCCUGGUAAGUAUUCUUAUAAUUAGCCUAUUUAUAGCUAAAUCCCCUCUCUCACAAUAUUGUAAAGCGCUAGGGAAUCUGUUGGCGCUAUAUAAAUGGCAAUAAUAAUAAUAAUAAUAGACCUCCUGCCAGGAAACACUGUGACAUCUAAGAGAGUAUUUACCAAGCAGGUCUGUCUGUGUUAGUUAUUGAACUGUUUGUUUAGUUUGAAUAUUACUAUGCUAAGUCACAUUGGUCCUGUUCUUAAUUACUGACUGGCAGAUUCUUUCUUGUCAUCUCGCCACCACUGCCUGCUCUUAUGCCUACACCCAUAAUAAGAAAAGUGCCGUCUGGUGUUCAACCCCCGAAACAGUGAAUUGUCUUACUCUAAAUUGUAGAACUACAACUCCCGUGAUGCUUUGCAUGACUUUAGAAUGACAAAGCAUCAUGGAAGUUUUAAGGUUUUCAAGGAAAGAACAGCCAAUAAUUAAAGUUUUAAAAAAGAAUGAAUGCAUAUUAUAUUGUCUAUAUCUGUGCUCCAACACUUGACAAAUCUGGUGCCCAGGAGCCAUAUAUCCUAGUUAUUGCUAGCAACUAUCUUUGAGUAUUUAGGUAAAAACCCUUAAUAGAAAACCUCUUUUGGCACCUACGAAAGCUCAAAUUGAUGGCAAAUUCUUAGAGAAAUUACAUCAUACCCUGUAUUUUUUGACACAUUAAAGGAUGCUUCUAAUGAUGUUCGUGCAAUCACAGUCCAACUGGUCACAUACCUUCUGACUAUCAGAGGAAAUGGGCCAUACACUUCACGCUAAACACAAAAAUUUCAGAUAUCACAGUCAAAAACAUUUUAAUGAGACCACUGAAAAACUUAGCACUUUAAACAUCUCAAAAGACUUCAAAGAAUCCAACCAAAACCAGUGUAUUCAUAAAACAGCUAGCUGUGCUGGUAUCACUUUUGGACACCUGUUGCCACCAUGUUGUGUAUGCUGACGUCAGACGUCCAAUAUGCACAGAAUAAACAUGAGUCAGCCUAGAAGUCUUGUUUGGUACUGGCUAAUGACGCCCCAAUGCCAGAACUGGAGUUUCACCUUCAGCAGCAGAGGGGUUAAACUCUGGAAGCUGCACAUACAAACUCCAGGCACCGUGACCACUUCAAAUGACUAAAGUGGUCAUGGUGCCUGGAGUAAGCUUUUUACAUUGAUGGGUAAUGAGCUAAUCUAUUUUGAGAUUGUGGGAAUACUGAUGGAAUUACAAGUUAGGCAUGGUUUUCAGACAAUAACAUUUUCUGCAUCAGUGACGUUACCUGCAGAAAAAUAAUUUGUGAAAUUUGGUCUUAGAUUAUAUUGAAACCUGUUCCAUGACACCAGCUGAACGUGAAAUAUGUUAAUAAUUAAUUACCAUAUUAAUGUAGAAUUGUACUGUAGGCCACUGUCUGUCUUAAAUGGACAAUAUAGUCACCAUUUCACUUCAUCUCAGUGAAGUGGUCUGGGUGCAGUGCCACUAGAGGUGCUUCCCCUGCACUGACCAAAUAAAAUUUUGUAACGUUAUGCGGAAACCCAUAAGAAAGCACUGAAUAUAAUGCUUUCCUACUGGGAAGCUUAAAUGCGCAUGAGGCUCUUGCUGUGCAUGCGCAUAAGGUCCCCAGCGCUCUUCUAUGACUUCAUAGCUCAUCUGUGAUGUCGUAGGAGGUACAGAGGUGAACACCGCCUUGGGAGCUUCAGCGCUGGAAAGCGGUAAAUAAACCUUUUAUUUAUUGCAUAAGGGGGGGGGGGAGGCAUGGAAACCUAUGUAGAUCUAGGGAUAGGGACAGUAUAGCAUUAGGUAUACAGAUUUGGCUUGGUACUCGUUUAAACAUAUCUGGCAUGUAAAUUUGACAAUGUACUAUGUCAGUUUAUUCGCUAUCAAUACUGUCAACUAUUUUUCAUUAAUCUUGUGUUUUCUUUUCCAAACUUAUUUUAGAAUAAUUAUAGAACAACAAGUCGCUGACUUACUAGAAGACUGUGUUCUGAAAUAUGAUUUUUUUUCUGAUAUCAAUAAGAUGGGUAAGUAAUGAUAAUUUGUAGGAAUAUAUACCUUUUGUAUCAAAAACAUCUUCUAAAUAUGGAAUGUCUUUAGAAAAUACCACCAGAGUUUAUUUUUCCUAUUCCUUUACCCUUAUUUAUAUAAAGUACUUCGAACUGUGAAAAUACACUGUGUACUUUUUAGGAUGUAGAUUGCUUCAGCCUGACUUGCUUACGCGGACAGAAAAACUAGUCUUCUGCUAAAUUGUAUGAUUUCUCAAGCUUUGAAAGACUCUUUUAGUCUGAAAUUGGUGUUUGAGAUCCAGUUAAGAUCUCCAUUAUCAAUUUGAUAUAAAAGAGCAACAGUGAAUAACUACGGCUAACCAGAGCCAAUGUUCGCUUUCAGAUUGAGGCAUGCAGGUCCCAGGGUGAAGUGCCAUAAUAAUAUAUGUGUGUCUCAAAUAUAGGACUAAGGAACUAUACCCAAAAAUGAUAUAAUAUGCUGUGAAAGGAGCUAUAAAUAUGCAUUUGUCUCAUACUUACCAUGAGUGGAAUGUUUCGGGGUUUUUUUUAGUUUGUGUUGUGUUUUGACCGUAAUAUAAAGUGCCACAGUAGAUUUGACCACAUGUCUUUAUUCUCACGAUUAUCCACAUAUAGGAUUUUACUUAUUAUAUUAUUAUAUCAGUGUUUAUCACAUGAGCAUGAGAUAUUCGGAUCACCAAUUAAACACUUACCUUAUCUAUUCCCUUAUUUGCAAUACUGUUCUUGCAUUCCUCUCUAUUUAUUUUGGGAGUUCAGCCUUCACAACCCCCUCUCAAUGCUCCUCUUCUCUUGGACUGGUGGAACUGUGCUUGAUGCUUUACCUCCCUUUAGUCUCCAAGGUCCACCUCCUGGUUCCUUACCUAGCGCUAUCACAUCAUGGGCAAGAAAAAUUAAUUUCUUAACUGGUUAGUAGGGGCCAGUUCUUCCUACUGGUCUAUUGACCUGUUAAUAUGGUGUUCCUCAUCAUAGUCCAAACUCUAGACUCAAUAAACCUUCAUUACGCAAUGACAUAAGAUUGCACUUAUAGGAUAAUUGCACCUACUAAAUAUUUAUCUUGUAGCCCAGUACCCCCUAGAGGAACUUGAGCAUGACAAAAAUAUAUAACUGGACCAUUAUUUGAAGUACAAAUUAAAUAAUCCAAAUGGUUAUUAUUUUGUUAAAGGCCCGGGAGUUUUCAAAUAUGCUUAGACUCUACCGUAAUCUCUUUUUGGCUUCAUAUAAGUCCCAAGCUGGAUAAUUUACAAAAUGAUAUAUCUAAUACAGGAUAUAUUUGGGUACCUCCAGUCUGAUGGUAAGAAUGCUGUUCAAUAAAUGCUACAUACUAUACACCAUUAUAAUGUUUGAAUAGCUUCUUAUUCAUCUUAUUGGCACAUACACUGAAGAAGUCAAACAAUGAAGUGUAGUUUUAGGUGAAGUGAUUCAAAGAAAAAACAUACAAAACUGCCCAAGGAAUGCAGAGGGAUUUGGGAGUGUAAAGUGACUGAUAAGGAAUUGGGGACAAUAGCAAAGACUUUUUAUUAGGUGCCAAAGUGAAUAGCAAGUGAAACCUAAGAAGGAACAAUGGCAUUAAGCAAUAAACACGGGUCAGGUUUUACGUUGCUGUUAAGAAACAAGUUAAACUGGACUCCAGGGUCAUUUAACAAGACAGACAACAAGAACAAAAUGCUGACUAACGUUUUUGCUAUUCAGUUGCCAUAAAAAUGCAGCUUACCGAGAAAAGUGGAUUAUUUUAUGUCCUAUAUCAGAUGAGCAAGGAAAUAUGUGAACCUGAUCUGCAGCUAAACAGAUUUCAACGUUUGGGUCUUAUGAUGAUACAGAGCUACAGCGUAGCAGUAUAGAAAGUCUUGCUGAUUGCAGAUCAAAGUCUCGAUAUUUCAAGCAGCCUCUGGGGUGAAACUACUCUAUGGAAGAGACAGUAAAUAUUAAACAGAAUAUUUACAGGAAUACGGCAAAGCUCAUCAUCGAUAUAUUCAAUAGCAGUUAUCACGUCACAAGGUAAAAAUAAACAUGGAGAUACAAGAAAUACAAACAAGUAUAUUUGUAACUACAGGUACAAUUUAAAUGGCCCUCAAGGGCCAGAUGAUUUACAGCGGUUAUUAGUCAUAAUAGCUCAUCUUUCUUUACUGCUGUAUUUCUCAGUUAUUAGCUCAUCUAAGUGAAGGCAGGUAGAUUAUAGCACCUUUAAAUUCCGGAUGUAUUUCACCAUUUUAUACAGGAUCAAUAUGAGGGAUAAUUGGAUAGUAAUUUAAUUACGGGGUCCUUGAUAUACCAAACCAAUGAAAUGUGUGAUGAGCACAUUUCUAUUCCCUGCCUGCAAUGUGGGUUGAUAUAGGUAAAAUCCUACUGAAUAUUUACCCUUCCUUCUACUUUUAGCAAAUUUUUACUCCUCUACUUCAAGGGAGUUAAGUCCCGUGAAGUAGAUGGAGAAUAAUGGAAAAUUGCUAUUCCUUGAUUAAAGGGACACUAUAGUCACCAGAACAACUACAGCUUAUUGAAUUUUUUCUGGUGAGUAGAAUCAUUACCUUCAGGCUUUUUGCUGUAAACACUGUCUUUUCAGAGAAACAUUACAUUACAGCCUAGUGAUAACUUCACUGGCCACUCCUCAGGUGGCUGUUAGAGAUCCUCCCUGGGUCAUGGCUUCCAAAAAUGCAUCCAAACAUUCAGUGUCUCCUCCCUCUGCAUGCAGACACUGACCUUUCCUCAUGAGGAGAUGCUGAUUGGCCAGGGCUGUGUUUGAAUCAUGCUGGCUCUGCCCCUGAUCUGUCUCCUUGUCAGUCUCAGCCAAUCUUAUGGGGAAGCAUUGUGAUUGGAUCAGGCCACCACUUCUAAUGAUGUCAGCAGACUGCGUGUUUUUCUGAGUCUAACAGCAUGCAGAGUUACAGCUUCAGGCUUGAAUACAGUAAUAAUUUGCUAUAUUUAUGGAGGCAUGAGGGGCCCAGGGGGGCUAGAUGGUGGUUUUAACACUAUAGGGUCAGGAAUACAUGUUUGUGUUCCUGACCCUAUAGUGAUCCUUUAAUAUUCUCUUGAACUGAUAUAUUUGCGAAAAAGACAGGCUUUAAGACAUUCAAAAUUAAGUUGACAUUUUGAAAAAGAGAAACUCCCAAAUGUUUGUCAUUCUAGAACACUGUUCAUCCAAUAUUUUUUUUUUCUGGUUCUGCACCUUAUAUUAUUGAGGGGAGACACAAAUUCCUCCAGUUGUUUAAUUUGUAUAAUGUGACAAUAGAAUCCAUGGCAUUGAUGACACUAGUGUGUGAUGAUGUGAAAUAGUGUGGUUACCCAGGCUUGUUAGAAGAGCUUACAAUCUGGUUAGUAGCGUGCUGAUGGGGAAUUUUUAGCAAUCCUUUUUUGAAACUGCCAGAUGUUACAGGGUAACCCCCUCACUUCCCAUAGAAUUAUUAUAAAAUGAGUAUAAAUUAAUGUGUAUAAUGAUCUUAAAUGUCCACUCUAGUCAAUACAUCGGCCUGUCGUAAUCAUGCACAUGUGUUGCUUUUUCGUAUUAUAAAAGACUGAGUCAUCUUAACACUUAUAAACAGCCUGUAACGCACGCACAAACACAACUAGCUUGAUUCAGCUUGUGAAUGAGAGUAAUAAAUGUAAUAAUAAAUAAAUCAAAAGCUGACUGUUGAAUGCAAUAAGAGGAGCAUCUGGGAAGCAGCGAGAGGAUAUUGGAUACAGGAGGUUUUGGAAUUAUAUCAGCAGAACAUAUUGACAGUAAUACACAGGAGCACAGCCUAGUCGCUACUCUAAUACAAACUAGCCUAAGGAAGAAAAUGAACUCAUAGCUUGAAGCCACCAUAUGUGUGCAGAACAGAAGCUGGAAUUCAGAUCAACCAAUUUAAUGCACUGUAUCCUCUAUGAGUGUAAUAUUACAAUUAUUUGGCAUGUCUAAAACAAACACGGUUGCCAUUAUGGUCAAUAAGGGAUGCUCAUUUAAAUUCUCUCUUGGGAGAGGCUGUUUUAAAGAGGAACUACCACCUGUGUGCAGGCGAUGGCUCUUCUUUUAGUGCAAACCCAGGAAAGCUUACAUUUACCUGGGUAAGGUGUGCAUGGGAGGGGGGUAAGUAGGAUCAAACUCACCUCUACAAUUGCAGAUUAUCAGUGUUGCGCUCUUUCCUAAGUAAGCACAUGCUUAUUGGGAAUACAUUUCCCAUAAUUCCCUGUGCAUGCUUGCACACUUGUCAUCAAUUUGCAUGGACUCAUGUGAAAUUUGCUUUGGACAUUACUAUGAGCAUUCGAUGUAAAUAUGAAUAAGAAAGAAGAUUAUUUUUUUUAAAUGUUCACCUGAUCGGAACCCUUUAGCUAGCUAUUGGAAGGGACACUUUUGGCACCAUAAUGAUUUAAGCUCAAUUAAGUGGUUAUGGUGACUGAUCCCUGUCUCUGCAGGCUUUUGACAGAUCUGUCAAGCUGAAGAAAAAAAUAGGGCUUCAAAGUGGAAGACCUAGCUCCACCUACAAGCCCUGUCAGUUAAAAUGCCUAGAAUUAUACUUCCCAGCUUGCAUAUAAAUUCAUACAUGCUAAAUUCAUGUACUGAUGGAAGCGAGCACUUACUUUCAAUUAAAGCCUCUGUCUCUCUGAAUAGUGUUAAUAUGCGCACCCAUCACCAGUCUGUAGAAACAGUUUCAGUCUUUGGACUUGCAAGUACUCUCCAAGGGAUCAGCAUGUGAAAAUACCAGCUGAAACAAUGAAAAAUAAUUACUCUAGAUAUAUUUAAUAACUCUUAGGUGUGACAUAUAACACACCUAAUAAACGAUUUAUGCAAUUCUGACAUUGGUUCAUAACAUAUACUUCCCCCAAAAUUUAAUCUAUUUUGUUAGUCUGACAAAUUUUGUUAAACAAAAGUCUGGAGGAACAGGGUUCUCGCAUCACAACCACUUCAAUAAGCUGAUGCACUUAUGGUGCUUAGAGUGUCCCUUUAACCUCUGAUGUGGUUGUUCAUCUUUAAGACCCAGAAACUUAUAAAAGUUGACUUUUAGGAUGUGGAUCAGAGCCAUCAGUAGGGGUAUACAAUGAAUAAUGAUGCAGUUUAAUCCUUGCCAAAUUCAGCCAAGACAUUUAUACAGAACUAUACUUGAUAUAAAACCUCCAGGACUGGGGUCAUGCUAGGACAGUCACAUUUAUUUGGUAUUUUUCUAAAACAGUACCUAAAGGGGUUAAUACCCCAGACAGCAGUGUUAUUUUCUAAUGCAUUAACAAAUAACCUCGCUACAGAGUUCAUGACUCUCAGACAGUUUAAAAUAACCGACUGUGGUCUGUAUCCUGGAACCCACAUCAUAAAAGAUGCUAAAGAAUAAAACCAUGUGAAAACAUUGCACCAAAUAAUAAACUAGGUCUGAAUAAUACCGAAUAUUUGCAGUGAGUGUCUACAGGAAAUCCAUUAGAAGGAAGAACGAGGCAUGAGAUAGAAAAUGUGCUUGCUUGACAAUGAUUUAGUAAAGACAUUAAUCACUCUAGUUUUUAGAACGUCCAGCUAAAGAAAUAGAAAAAUACAAAAAAUAAACCUUGAUCUAUCCAACAGUGAUAGCAAUACUCUCUAUAUAAACAAAAGGCCUUUCAGUUUCCCCAAAUCCUUUUUUGCAGAAUAAUGAAAAUUCUAAAUAUGCAUUAAUGGUUUGAAGACAUUAGUUUCAUGCGUCUGUGAUUGGCGAUACACAACACAUAACAUACAACCUUUUUGCUACACCAUAACCUGAUAAUAAAUUAAAUAAAUGACAUUUUUCAUGUGGUCCUGACCGGAUACAUAGAGUUGGUACAUAGUGUCCCUUUAAGAGAGAACUUAAAAAAGAAUCCAGUUGAAAUAUCAUUACCUGAUCUUCCUAUCUAUGAACAAGUGAUACCACAAGCCAUAUCUGAGCCAUGACACAAGUUAUCAUUUCUGAAGAAGACAUAACCUCCUAGAAUUAGAUUGCUUGCCCUUUCUUUCAAUGGCAUCCUUUACUAGUGCCAUUUCAUACAUAUUUCUCAUUAUUCAUGUAACACUAACUGGAAACUGUACAACGAUAAAGAGUGACCCAGUGGCCAUCUCUUGUACAUGAUAAGAGCACAUCUAAAAACAAAAUAUAGCCCAGAACUCAUUUUAUAUAUCUCAUUAUUUCUGCUUCUUGAGAUGAGUUUUUAAAGAGUGUUUCUUCACGACUUUUGUAACUUGAACUAGUCCUUCUUGAUCUUUGUGGAAAAUGAUGACUACCCGAGGCAGGGGUGGUGCGAACAUCCACUCUUCUUGGCUUGCUAAAAGUGACAUCAUUAAAGCAGGCCCGCUGAGGAGAAGGAUGCUAUGAAAGGCCAGAUCACAAGGCAAUGUCAGAGCAAUGUCAAGAUAGGUAAAUAAGUAGAGUAGAGUUCAGCAUUCAGGAUCUGGUAGCAAGAUUGAUAGAUAGCCAGUGUCAAAGGCAGAUAGCUUGGGGCAGGUAUUAAACUAGUGAGCCAUGUGAACUAGGCAUAUAUCAAGUACAGGUAGCGGGGCAGAGGUCGAGUCCAGAAAUUAAGGGGCAUCAAAUAUCACAUUAUAUGAGCACACCCUAGAUACUAGGCUGCUAACUGUUUACUAGACAUGCCCCUAUGCCCAGUAUAGCGAGUAGGGGCAGACUUUACUAAUACUAAUUAAUCUUUACUUAGUAUUAGUGAAGUUGGCUGAAAGACCAGUUUAGGUCUUUCAGCCUUUUGUUAGAUAGCUCCCUGAUACCGUGGGAAUUAGGGAGUUAUCUACUAAGCGGCUGCAAGAUGCCUCUUGCGGACAUCCCGAAAUGCGUCCUAACAUGAAUGAACAAACUGUUCUCAUUCUGUUAGGACGAAAUUCGGUAGUUUCCCUGGCAUUUUGUCUAAGUGACAGGAUGUUCGGGAAUGCUGACAGGAAGAUCAUGGAUCAGGUGAGAAUUGUGGGAAAAUUGCUCUGACCACCAGAAACAAAGCACACUUUGCUCCUCCGCUGGUCAUAGCUGGUCAGGCGUAGGAAACUUACAUAAGACAAAAGUUUUAAAGAAAGCUAGAGCAGACAGGAAGAAAUGAAAAACAUAAUGAGGGAGGGAGAGCAGAGUAAUCGAUUAAAAAGUUCGGCAUAACAGUGCCGCUUUAAAAGAUAAAAAUUUGCAUUACACAGAAAUGGUCAAGCUCAGAUACAUGCUACCUGCACUACGCUCGCUCUACUGCUGUUAGAUAAUUAUGUGAAAUGUAGGCCAGCAUCAUCAGGGGGUUUGACUGACCAUGGCUCAUUUGUAGUUUUUUAUUAGAAAUACAUAUUUGAAACUGUUUGAUACUUUUUAUUUUAUUUUUGUUUAAAUGCUAGAUUGAUCUAUUUGUUUUUCUAUCUGUCUGUCUCUAUCUCUUACGGUCUGUCCGUUGGCUUCUCAGUGUGUCUGCUUAUCUGUCUGUCUGUCUCUAUAACUAUUUCUGUCUGUUUAUUGACCUCUCAGUGUGUCUGCUUAUCUGUCUCCCUCUCUAUGUCCUUAUUUUCUUGUUUUUCGCUCUAGUAAUCUGUUUGUCUGCCUGUCUUUCUUGUACUGUUUUUUUCUGUCUUCUCCUACAAUAUUAAUAUUCUAUUCAAGUAUAAUAAAAGUAAAUGCAGCAAGGAAAAUUCUUUGAGAAAGCACACAGAUAUAAAGAAAUGGAAAAUUUAACUUUCAGUACCCUUUCAGUCCCAAAGGUACCUCACAGCUUAGCUCAUUCACGCUCAAGUCCCCAUUGGCAUGCUGUAGCGUCAUUUUUCACCUGCUAUUAAGUGAUAAAACUUUCUGUUUGGAAGCAGAGCAGCAAUUAUCUGAGGAACGAGAAGGAUAUAAAGAAUGCACAGUACAUCCCAUCUGGCAGCUAAGGGACGAUUUAAAACACAGGAUCGGGGAAAUGCGGUAUCAUUCUCUCAAGCAAACUGAAAUGGCAAACGACUUUGAUCCCGUAAAGAUUGUGGAACAGGUUGGUGUGUUACAUCACAGAAUCAAAGACCUACAAUCAAACUCCCACUACUUUUGGACAGCAGCAAUUGCCAGUAUGGUAUCAGUCCAAAUGUAUACACAAAACUGAAAUACUUACCUGCAUACUAUCGUGAAUCACCAAGUAAAUUUAAAUAACAGAGAAUCUUAAACCACUGCAAUGGCCAUUAAACUGUUAGCUCACCUGACAACGUCAAGGCAAACCUCUAAAGUGAGUUAUACACUGAGGAUCUACUUGCUGCUAUAAACUAAACGCAAAAUCUGUAAUGAGACAUCAGUGGGUACUCCUAUGAUCCCCUACAAACGAAUGAACCCUUCAUAGAACACACAAGGUCAUGUGGCAGCUCUGUAAAAUGGUUGUUUUCGUUAAAAGCAAACUAAAAUACAGAAAAUUAAACCUGUACUCAAACUCCCACCACUUUUGGGUGGCAGCAGUGGCUGUAGCAUUCAUCAACCCAAAUACUAAAACUAAAAACAUUAGCUUUAAUGGCCAUUGAUAUUGGUAUCAAAAACACCAGUUAUUUAAAUGUAUGGAGGGAGUUGGGAUAGUGUGCAGGUAACUUCUUUUUGUUUUGCAUCUUAAAAUUAUUAACUAUAAAAUUAGUCACUGGUUUGUCUUUGACCUCAAACCAGUCUUAAACAGUUGUAAUACUUUCUCUGAGAUGGGGCCACUGCACCCUAAGUGUUAAUUUAAGAAAGUUAUAUUUUUUUUAGAUCCUAUUCCUAAUUGCAGUUCCACACGUGCCCACUGGGACACAGAACAAGGCCCUUAUUUAAUCAUUGGCUAAAUACUAUUCAUGCACCUUCUUUCUACGUUGUGUGAAUAUUUUGCAAAAAUUCCUGAAGGUGACAUCCCUGUGAGUGACAGCCAUGAGAGCAAUCUAAAGUUAGAUAUACUUAACUGAAGGUCUCCUUUUUCAGCUCCGGUGCUACACCCUCAAUGAGCUUGCAUCACUGCUAUACUUUCACUAAGGUACAAGUAGAACAAAGGGGUCUAUGAAUAUCAUCAUAAAGGGAAGACUGAAUUAAAAUGGCAUAACAGGGGCAUGAGUCCCACUAAUCGUGGGCCCACCUGGCACUGCCCAAAGUAAUGGUAAACUGCAGUUCACACUUGAGGAUAGAGAAUUAUAUCAUAAAGGCCUCUCCUAUCUUAUAACCUAAAGGAAAAUGUUUAUUACAACUAUGCAGUACCGUCACUAGGGUUGGUGUCACCCGGUGCAGUAACUCACGGUGUCACCCCAACCCCCUUAAUAAUGUGGGGGUUUUUUUUGUUGUUUUGUUUUUUACUAAUGUAACUUGUAAAUCAUAACUUCCAUCAGGACCCGUGCAAAGAUUUUUGCCCCCCUAGGCAAACAUAAAUUUGCUGCCCCCUAUUUGCCCUGCUCACCAUGUGACUUCACAAUGCCCCAUACAUAUGAUCUGAAAAGGCAGUGUGUUUACAUUAAAAAACCUGCAGGAACAGGCUAUUGACACCAGAACCACUAGAAACACAGAAACAUAGAAUGUGACGGCAGAUAAGAACCAUUAAGAACCAUUCGGCCCAUCUAGUCUGCCCAAUUUUCUAAAUAUUUUCUAAAUACUACACCAAGCUGUAGUGGUUCUGGUGACUAUAGUGUCCCUUUUAAUUUAAGUAGAGAUUAGUGAGACUAUUACCACCAGAUGAGGACAAGAGGAUGAUGAUGGGCUCAGGCUGCAGAUUGGCUCCACUGGUCAGGUGUAGAAUAGGCUCUCUGGAGGCUGUUUGUAACUCUGCCCACAAAAAUCAACGAACAGGAAGCAGCUCCAUUUUUUGAGGACCCUUACACAGCUCAAGGUUGGGGCCCCCAGGGCCUGACCGUGAGUAUGCCUACAAGGCCCGCCCAUAAAUCCACCUACAUGGCCCACACCUGAGUUCGCUCACAGGGAAUGGAAUGUAUGUGUGUAGGGGAUGUGUUAUGUGUUAUUGUAGAGGAUGUAAUGUGUGUGUGUUCUUAUACCAGUUUGUGUACGGGAUGUAGUGUGUGUGUGUAUGUGUGUAUAGGGGAUGCAGUGUGUUUGUGUGUAAGGUAUAUAAAGCAGUGUGUGUUUGUAUAUAAGGAAUGCAUUGUGUGUGUGUGUGUGUGGGGCUGCAAGGUGUGUUUCUGUGUAUGUAAGGGGUGUAUUGAGUGUGUGUAAGAUGCAUUGUGUGUUUUUGUAUAUAAGGGGGAUGCAUUGUGUGUGCAAGGGCUGAAUUGUGGGUGUGUUUGUGUGUAUGAGGGAUGCAUUGUGUGUAAGGCUGAGUGUGUAAAGGAAGCAUGGUGUGUUUCUGUGUGUGUGUGUGUAGGAUUCACUGUAUGUUUCGGUAUGUGAGUAGGGAUGCAUUGUGUGUUUCUGUGUAUGUGUAAGGAUGCAUUGUGUAUGAGUGUAGUGUAAAAGAGAGGGUUUUUCUGUGUGUCUUUCCUCUCCCACCCCCAGGUCCCUCUGUGCGUCUCCCUCCUGAGCCCCUCUGUGUGUCCCUUAGUAAACUUCCCUCCCCUCCUGUCCCUUAGUGCUCUCCCCUGCUUCUCUGUUCUUUAGUGAUCUCCCCUGUCCCUUAGUGCUCUCCCCUGCCCCCCUUUCCCUUAGAGUUCUCUCCCCUUUCCGUCUCUAGUGGUCUCCCCCCCCCCUGGUACUAUCUCCCCUCUACCUCCCUCCCUUGGUGGUAUAAACCCUCCUUCCCUCACCCCCCCUCUCCUGGUGGUAUAUCCGCUCUCCCCCCCUGGUGGUAUCUCCCCUUCCCUUGUGUGCCUCCUACCUCCCUGUGUAGCGUGGCCCGGCAGCGCUGACCUCAGUACAGGAGCUUCUGUUUCCUGUACCCGGCCAGAUUGACAGGAAGGGCUCACUGAGACCGCUCACUGUAUCACGGUCCGCGCUGCCCAGCCAUGCUUCUCAGAGUGACUGGCAGGAUGGAGCGCUGUGCGCUUCCCUCCUGCAGGGUCACUCGUAUCCUGUGCCCCCAAAGCGGAGCACCCUAUAGGACGCACUGGCCCUGUUGUCACAACCCCCCACACCCUCCAUAAUGCACAUCCUGGUGCGGGCCGCAACCCCCUUGUGACACCACUGCAACUAUGCUAAGUAGCAUGGCAUAUAUGAUCAAAUACUUAAAGGACCACUAUAGCUUAAUGAAGUAGUCUGGGUGCCAGGUCCAGCUAGCAUAGCAGUUUCAGAGAAACUUAGGGUUAAUAUAUUAGGGUUAAUCCAGCCUCCAGUGGCUGUCUCUUGACAGCCGCUAGAGGCGCUUGAGUGCUUCUCACUGUGAAAAUCACAGUGAGAAGACGCCAGCGUCCAUAGGAAAGCAUUGUGAAUACUUUCCUAUGGACUGGCUGAAUGCGCGUGCAGCUCCUGCCGCGCAUGCGCAUUCAGCCGAAAAGGAGGAGAGGAGGAGGAGAGCUCCCCGCCCGGCGCUGGAGAAAGAGGUAAGUUUAACCCCUUCCUCUCCCCAGAGCCGGGCAGGAGGGGGACCCUGAGGGUGGGGGCACCCUCAGGACACUAUAGUGCCAGGAAAACGAGUAUGUUUUCUUGGCACUAUAGUGGUCCUUUAAUUAACAUGAUACUUCCUCUUUAAAUCUCAAUUUGAUGUAGCAUCAUAAGGAGAAGUAAGGGGCAGCUAUCUUCUGGGCUUGUCCUCCCUUUCACCCAGCUCUUCUCUGCUAAGAUGUAAUAGUCUCAAACAGCUUUAUAGAAAUUGCAGUGAUUGAAAUCCAUAAAAGCACUAGUUAUGUGUAGUUUUGAUAAAUAUAUUAAAGGCACUAAAAAGCUGCGUAGGAGGCAGAUUUAAUUUAAACAUUUAGUGCUACCAAUACUUUAGAAAGAGUGACAUAAACCGAAUAAACGUGAUGCAGUAAUAAUGAUUUCCCCCAUGAUUUGUGCAUUUUGCUAGUGCGUUUUAAUCAGUUAUUCCCUGCAAAAUCACAAACCUGUCUGUAACUAGGUUGGAGAAAGUGCUAUAUUAAGCCUUUACAACUUACCUGCAGUCUUUACAAAUUAUACAUUGCCAGCAGAACUGUGUAAGAUUACAUUUAUUAAAAUAAAGUGACUAUUGAUUUUAUUUCAAGUCAGGUUACCAUGGAUCGAAACGCACCUUACAUCAAAAUGACUCCAAAAAUUGCUUCACAUCAAAAAGACAAAAAAUGUCCUUUAGAGACAUACAUAGAUCAAACGUUUUAAGUAAUUAACUGCAGAGAGACCUGUUUUUUGUCAAACUGCUUGAAAACAGUUUAACAAAAUAUUGGGGGGACGGCGCCCAAAGACUCCUGUCACCAUAACCACUACUGAAAACUGUAGUGUUUAUGGUGCCUAGCGUGACGCUUUCAUAUAAUACAGGCGUAAUGUGAUGUGACACUAUUUAUGAAGAAUUACUAUUUUUUUAAAUCCAUAGUUAACAUUGUUUUUAUAUAACUGUAAAGGUAAUGUUAAACUGUGUUCAUUAUGUUAACGCUAAAGUAAAAUCUAGAUUUGUUUUUGUUGAAAUAUUAUUUGAACCAAGUGUUCUUCAUUCUAAAUUCAGAUUAGAGGAAUUAGAUGGGCUUAAUAACUGAGAUCGGAAUUAUGUGACUGAAUAAACUAAAGAUUAUUUAAUAAGAUAUUUUAAUUCUUCCUGACAUGUAUCAUGCUUAAACUAUGAGAACGGGAAACAAAUAUUCUGAUUAUUUUACAUUUCCUCUUUUGUAUAUUUUAUUCAUAGAUUGAAUUUGUGAAGAAGCAACAGAAUGAUCUGAUUGAAAAUCUUGCUCAAGAGAAGCAGGUUUUAGAAGAGGCACUUAUGGAUUGCGAAGCUCAGGUAACACAAACAGAAAUUCUUAUUUAAAUAUAAAAAGUAUUACAAAACACAUUUGUUAUUUCAGGUUUAAAAUAUUUCUUUUCACAGCAGUUAAUAAAUGCAGAGAACAUUGGACAUGAGUUUUGUGAGGUCCCUCCAGUUCUACAGGAAAUACAUUGCCCCUAUCCUGAUUUGAAAUCCUCGGUGCUAAGUGAAUAUCAGGGUCUUGCAGACGGAUACCUUUCUAGGAUACAAGAACUUGACAGACAAUCAAAAGACAUAGACAGGUAAGCAAUAUUAUACCCCUAUUUAAGGAAACUUGUUUUGCAUUGACCUUUGGAAGUAUUUACAUUUUUAACUCGGCACUGUCGCUAACCUUUGCUUUAUUUAAAUCAGUUUUGUUACCAGUACCUUGUUUGCCUCCGGAUGGCUAGUCUCUGGAUGGAAUAUAGUUGAUACCACUGGGCUGUCCUGAGUUCACAAGUCAAAGACGUGUUUUCUAACUAGAGUCCUCUAGCCAGGUCUUGAAAAUGGCUAUAAUACAAUGAUUGCUCUCUGCUUUAAGUGAUUAUGAAAGUUAUCAAUUCCCCUAUUGUUGAACUGAGACAGGAACUGCUGAUGCUUUCAGCCAAUGAGUGCCCAGCAGGCUUAGCAUUCGACUUCUACAGCUGUGUAGAAGCUGAAUGUUGUAAAUCCAGACUAGGAUCCCAGCGAGACCCAGGUAAGAGGACAAACAGGUACUAAACGAUUUGUUCUAACACUGUGGUGCAGGCUUUAGUGAAUGUGAUGCUUGGAGUCAGGAUUAAGAGAUCAUCGGGCCUGCUGCUGACAAUUACGAUGGGCCUUAUUACAGAAUGUUAUCUACAGAAAGCACUAAAACAGUUAUACCUCUCAACCGUCGUGUAUUUGGUGGAGGUGGUACUGGAGGGAACUCAAAGGAUGCAGCUAUAAGAAAACACAUACGCUAAUCUCCACUACAUAUGAUUAUCUCUUGCUUUCAUAUCUCAAGCAAAUCAAGAGCAGCGUCCGGUGAAGCAGGUCAUCAGAGGGUGGGGUAAAAGGGUGGGCCACUGAUGUAAAUCACGUUACGGGCACUGUCCAGAGUGGCAGGAAUGGCCAGAAAUAGAGAGGGUUUGCCCGAAUAAUUAGAAGGUCAGUCUGCGGCGAAUGCAUGUCAGACUGCCCACCAAUCAUGCAGGCUGGCUAACUAAGGUCAUAUUAUGCAGACAGUGCCCUGAGCAUGGCGCAAAUGUGUCUAAUGAUGUGUUCACUAUACACUUUCUGGGGACUGUCCCCUAGCACUCACUUGUCCACUCCUCUCCUUACCUUCUUACUAGUAGGCAGAGGGUCCUGUUAUACAGUCUGGGACAGAGAAAAGGUGGAUGUAGUGAGUGUAGAAGAAAGGGACAUACCACAGUGUUAGAGAGACCGAAGCAGCAAGACCAUUUGCAUAGUGCGUAAAGUCAGCUGUACCUUAACUAAUUUCAUUGGCAACAAGUCCAUACAAAUUCUGUUCCCCCACAUCCCUCUUGAGUUUCCAUAUUUAAUUACCUCUGUACACAGCGAGAGCAUGUGUAGUGCCAUAAAAAAAAAAAAAAAUUUUUUAAAUCAAUGGGCCUAUUCCAUGGGCAUGAGCCCGGAACUUCAGCACUGCUUGGAUUAAUCCUUUGAGAGGGGAAAAUAGCUUCAUUCAGUCUGCAUCUUUGCCAUACAAUUUUGCAGUUAGCAUCUUUUUUUGCAAAUUCAUGUUGAGUUUUAAUUACUUGGUGAUUUUCAGUUAUUGAGUCAAACAUUUAUUACUCAGUGACCAUGAGUAAAAGCUGGAAAGAGGUUUGACCAUGCGCCUUAGCAUACGUUUUGUCGUUCGUGAUAUUGUCAUUGACUAAUAAAGUUGCAUGUUGGAGUCAAGUAUCAAGCAUUACACUUCUAUGCCUCCUUUCUCACUUUUCCUUUACUAGGCCUAUGCCCUAUUUUUUUACAUUCUUCUACCUUCUGACAAAUGACUGAAUAUUUAUUAGGUUGGUCAGUUGCUCAACCAUUAACAUAGUUAAAUCGUGUUAAUCGUCACCCAUAUUUUCAUGACACAGUAGUACUUUAAAGGAACACUACAGGGUCAGGAAUACAAACAUGUGUUCCUGACCUUAUAGUGUUAAAAUCACCAUCUAACCCCUCCUGUCCCCCACCCCACCUUACCCCAUAAAUAUAGUAAAAUCUUAUUUUUAUCAAGUCUGCUGCUGCUGGCUCUGCCCCUGAGCUGCCUGCUUGGCUGACAUCAUCAGAAGUGAUUCUCUGAGCCAAUCACAAUGCUUUCCCAUAGGAUUGGCGGAGACUGUGAAGGAAGUAGAUCGGGGCAGAGCCAGCACAAAUCAAACACAGCUAUGGCCAAUCAUCAUCUCCUUAUAGAGAUGCAUUGAAUCAGUGCAUCUCUAUGAGGAGAGUUCAGUGUCUUCAUGCAGAGGGUGGAGACACUGAAUGUCACCAGAAAGCACCUCUAGCAGCCAUCUGAGGAGUGGCCAGUGAAGUUAUCACUAGGCUGUAAUGUAAACACUGCAUUUCUUCUGAAAAAAAAAGUGUUUCCAGCAAAAAGCCUGAAGGUAAUGAUUCUACUCACCAGAACAAAUAAAAUAAGCUGUAGUUGUUCUGGUGACUCUACAGUCCCUUUAAAGACUAUAUAUGUAGUUAUUAUUCAUUUUGUAUGUGUAUAUAUUUUUUUCUUUUGUGGUUGUAUUUACCCAUAGUGUUUAGUGCUGAUACAAUAAUUAUCAUAUAUGUUCUCCAGUACUCCGUAAUAUCGGUGUACACCUUCAGCCUUUGAUGAUCUCCCAUUGAAUGUUUGAGUGGUAAACAGCAUGCUGAAUAUUGAUUUAACACUUAAAGGGUUAAGGCCGUUACUUCACCUCCUUCUCUUUAAAUUUUUUUACUUUUAAAAUGAAAUUGAGCUUUGUGGAUAUUAUUCGUAGGCUUUCCAAUGCCCCUUUAGAGCACAGAAUUCAUUAGCUGCAAACUGUGAAUUUUGCCUCUGAUGUAUUUUCUUAGGGUCAGAUUAAUUCUGGCUAGCAGUCUCCUUCCCUCCUGAUGCGUAGAUUGCAAAUUCAUGAACAAACAAGAAGGGAAGUUUUAACAGAUUUGUACUUCCUAAUGUCAACUGGCGAAAUGGAAAAACUGUACGCUCAUACUAAACAAGUUACUGUGAAGUUCUGUAAUUAGGAUAUGAGGCGAUAUGUAAAUGUGCUUAUUUUCUUACUUUAUGAUACCACAGCAUUAAUCCAAAUUUUUAUAUUUUGAUGGUACUGUUACUUUAGACUUUAGCUACCUUGAUCAUCCAUAAUCGUUUUUUUUAAUUAAAAAACACAAGCAUCUCGUUUUUAUUUCAUUCCCCUCGUUUCAGAUUCGGAGCUGCAAACACCAACAUAUCUUGCAAUUGUUAAGCCUAUAAGACACAAAAUGUACUGUAAUAUCAUAUAAUGUGAAAACAUAUUGUCAAUCACCAAAUUUGUUCAUUUUAAUAAAGCCGUUCAAGGGGUAGUUGAAGAACUAUAUCCAUUACUGCUCAUGGGUACCUUCUCCCAGAGUUUUUUGUUGUCAGACCAUUUUGGAGGGGUUUGACAAUAAGGGGGGCCUUUCUCUAGUACUCAUAAUCCACCCUCAUUUCAGCCACAUGCAUAUUACUACACUUCUGUGGUAUCAGGUGGGAUCCGUCCAACCUCAAAAGCAGUGAUAGGCUGAGAGUAACAAACAUACCUCUGCCAGCAUUCUAAACCCAACACAUCUGUUUAUGUUGGAACUAAUCACACUAUAUGUUAUUUAUUAUUUAUUAUUUAUUAUUGCACUUUAUAAAGCGCACACAGAUUCCACAGUUUCCAGUCCCAUCUCAACCGCAAGGUGUUGCCGAGUCCCAUGAUGCCCACCUAGAUGAAAAAUUGGCAUUAUGGGAAGAAGAGUCCACAGAAGAUUUAUUUCUGCCAGCUUUUUAGAGAAUUAUGACUAGAUACUAGAUAUUGAAUUACACUAGAAUUUGCACUCUUUCUGUGCUUUUUUUAACACGUAAGAAAUCUUAAUAUUCAGUUUUUGUUUUUUUUUCAUUUAUGCUUUUUUAACAAGAAGAAUUGAUGGUUUGUGAGAAAUUGACAACAUAUUCUUCUCUCUUUGGCUAAAUAAUAGCAUUUUUUUUUUCAUUCUUAUCUAGAGCUGAACUAAAAUAAAAUUCCUUGUUAUGGUAAUUGGAAAAGGAUUAACAACAUUUGUAUCUGAGUAAUCCACAAACGUCCCAGAUGCAAGUCCAUGUUUCCGUGUCACUUACAAUGAAUUAGAGCAUUACAUUUAAUACCCAGAACAUUAUAGGAAAUAAUAAUUUAACAUCCAAAAUUCAAUUACCAUUGCUGCCGCUGCUAGGAAGAAAUGACUCUUAUUAUCUCAUUUUCAAUCAUCGUUUGUUGGAAAGACAAAAGAACAGUCACAAUUUCAGUUGUCAGGCACCAUGGAAAUAACUGUACAAGGGACACGUUAGGUGGGCAAACUCCGUGUUUGCUCAUUUCGAACGAAUUCAGUUAGUAACAUAAAGUAUAAACAGAUUAAAACAUCCAUUUUACCUACACUAUCAGCUAUGAUGACAGCUAUGAUGUGUUACAAUUUUGUUCUAAGAGACAAAUAUUCCUAUCACACUUGCUUUUGUAGAAAGCAGAGACAGGAAUGUUGGAACUAGUUUGCAUAAAUCAUAAUAAUUGUCACAAUUACAAAGUCAUUUCCCUGCAGUGUUUUCAGUAGAUGUCUGUUCUGUGUUGAGUCCUUGUCAGCGGACACAAUAAUUUGCAUUUUCUUCAUGCAUUUCUGCAUAUGUACCCUAAAUCCUUACAGAUCAGGUCACCCCUCUAUUGCCACCAAACAUGCUCGAUCACACAAACCUAUUAUACACAUUAAAGUUAUUGCAAGGAUCUCAAAAACUUAUACGCUUACAGUCAGAACUUCAUGGGGAGAAUUUAACUCUUGGCAUUAAAAUUUGUUGUUUUCUUGUUUUUGUUUUUGUUUUGCUACCAUAACAUUUUACUGGUUAUUUUUCUGCAAUGUACGAAGUAUUUCUCACCACAAGCUGAAAGAUAGCUCAGUGCUUUGAUUCCAGAAAAAUCAAUUGAAGGUUUGAUUUCCAGCAAGUUCAAUCUCACUCUUAUCCUUCUGAGAUUUAAAGAAUUAGUACCAAUAAACUGGGUGAUUAUAAUGAAAUCUAGAUCUCGUUAAUGACUAAUUGAAUCUUUCCUGGUUAAAUACUCUGAUAUUCUUAAUAAUUAGAUAAAUCCAUCAAUAUAAUUAUUUGUUAUCCAAGGGUUAUCCCCAAUACAUGUUGCAAGAGAAAGCAAUACCUUGUAAAAAUGCUGCUGAACAUUCAGGCGCUGAAAUAGUUACAUACAGCCAUACAAAUGUAACAUAUUAAUCAUCAGAGGAGUAUUGUUGGGGUCUGGCAAUUUUGGUGUAAUAAAUCUAACAUCUAUUACACAUAUUGCUGGGUUUAUUCAGGACACCCAGGAAUUUAUACAGAAUGAAAAUUAAUUUGCAAAUUUGAAAUCUAAAUAGCGGAAUUGAUAGAAUUCUGAGACUCUGCUACUAUUUCAGCUUACUUUUUUGGCCUCAGAUUUGCAAUUCUCUUGCAGCUCAAAGACUGGCAGGUUUAUCCCUUAUAACGUAGAGGCCGGAAAAUCCCAAAUAUGUAAAUGUGUGUAGCCAGCACUCGCUUUGACCAAAUUUGAAUUUACUUUUAACACACCUAUAAUGAAACAUCAGCUCCCUCUAGUGUAUGGGGUUAGGUAGGGUUACUCAUUUGUUUUUGGGUUUUUUAACGUAGGUUGUAAUAACUCUUGGAUGGAGUAUUUUGCGAAACAGUAUAUAAAUCACAAACAUUAUUUAAUUUGGAAAUUCCCCUCUAGAAAUCUUGGCAGUUAAAAUACUCUGCUUUGACUAAAUAAGGAUGUGUAAGUGUAAUAGAGUGUGGGAGGACAAACUAUUUGUGACAGUAACAAAAUGUAUGAACCUGCAAUGCGAGACAGUGUGUUCUGGCGCAGGCAGUAGGGUGCUGUAGGGCUGGUGGGAAGGGAGAGGAGUUGUAAGCCCUGAUCUAACCUUAUUACAGUGAAUUAUUUAGUAAGCUUGGAAACCAGCUCAGGAAAAGGCAGUGUAAAGAUUUGGAUUAAUACACUAUAACUUCAGGCUCAGAACAAAACAUACCUUACAACAAACAAAAUACUACUUUAUUUCAAAAUGUAGCAGUGCUUAUCUCUUUAAAAAAGAGGAUUACAUGGAUUUUCACCGGUUUUAAAGGAAUACUCCAAACACCAUAACCACUACAGCUCACUUAGCUUAGACAGAUUGCGGAUUGCGGCUUGCGGCUCUCCUGUGUCUGUAGUGAAGGCAUGGAGCAGUACUCAGUGGACCCCAGUUAAGAAGUCAAACUGUUCUAAAAUGGUUUGACUAUUUAUAUUGAGGUGCGCCAGGGCACUUCUUGCACCAUAACCACUAAAGUGCGCAGUGGUGGUUGUGGUGCUUAUAGAGAGUUCCUUUAUUUUCCUAUGCCUUCUGAGUGCAAAGCUGCAUCACUGUUCUAUAGAAAAUAGCAAAGAAGUCUCAGAAUUAGUAUUUAUAACAGCUUAUCGUAUUCCAGCUCAUCUAUAGAAUGUAUCUACAGAAUGUCUCACGUCUAAAGAGCCAAAGAUCUGAAUGAUGAGAGAUAUAGUUAACAGCAAAAUCUCAUUCUGAGAGGGCAACGGCGGUUGAACCCAUUGCUCUCAGCCUAUCAUUGCCCUCAGCCUAUCAUUGCCCUCCAAGGUUGGAUGGAUACUCGCUGAUAAUGCAGAAGGGUAAUUUCUGUAUUUUCUCUGUGGCUGCAGAGGGGGUGAACGAUAGGUUCUGAAAACAACCUGCAUAUUUUUUUUUUCAAAAACAAUUUGAUUAAAAAAAACAGUAGAAGACACCCAUAGACCCUUAGCACCAUAACCACUACAAGUAGCUGGGGCAUAGAUUGCAGCUUUAAAUUUAUAUAUAGACAAAAAGAGAAUUGGGCGUAUGCAUUUCUCAGCAGGGAAAAUGAAUAGUAGAAAACGUUAAAAUCAGUGUAGGACCCACCAAUAUUGGGGUACGUGAAGUAGUGGUGGGCUGAAUCCCCAUAUUUGUUUGCUGAGAGACAGGUGAUUUUAAGCUUUGUAAAAUCUCAAACUGUAUUUUUGUUUGUGUGCUGUUCUUAACUGUAUUUUGUUCAAAUAUAUAUAUAAACAUUUUGCCUACAAAGACCCAUUGUAGGCAAUAUAAACUAAAACGAAGGAAAUAUAGUACAUCUCUCUGUGUUAAUGAUCCCCAGUGAUGUCUCUACAAUUAAUUACUGCUGAGUUUGCUGAAACAGAAGUGGGUAACCUAAUGUCGAGUGUAUAUAUUUCCCAUAUGUGAUCAUGCCUUACUCACCGGAGUAGUAGAGUGUAAAAUUAAACCAAAUAAAUUACGUUUUAAUGGAUUUUAAACAUUCUGGUUGAAAAAUGUACUGUUUAUUCAGUCAGAAUGAAAUAAAAUACGAGUUUUCUUUUUUUUUAGGAAUUGUAAAUGGAGUGACACGGACCACUGGAUUUUCAGGACCAUUAUUAGCCAGUACCCACGUGACCUUCCUAACCGAAGAGUGUUAUAUUUAGAUAUGUUAUCACGGCAUUUGACAGACAAAUCGAGACAGGAAUUGGUCAGUAGACUUCUGAAUGCUUGAUUUUAUUUUUUAUUGUUUAGAUUAAAUUAGUACAAUAAGUAUAAAAUAAUCAUCAAAUUCACAUUCAAAGAAUGCUGAAUAAUCUUAAUGAAUUAUAAAUUAAUAAAUAAUUAGAGUGGCAUAAGAGUAUGAGUAGAGUGUGUACACUGCUCAGAAAUGGCAGUGUGUACACUGCUCAGACUGCAGGGAGAAGCUCUUUGCCCAGAACCACUUCAUUAAGCUGUAGUGGUUCUGGUGCCUUGAGUUACCCUUUAAUCUUUCUUUAGCAAAAGCGUUUUGUUAAAAAUAAAACAGAAAAUUUGACAUUGGGAUGGAUUGCAUUUACCAACCAAAAACAAAAUGUGUGUGUACAAAGUUGUAGUUCUGUUGGAAAUAGUGUUGGGAUCAAGAGAUUAUAUGGUGUCAUUUAACUAGCUAUGUCCCAGCCAUACAGUACAUAUAACAGAAAAAUAUAAAACAAUUUAUAAAUGCUCUAUUUUUUAAAGAUUUUAAUUGUGAUACAUUAUUGUGGCCUUUGUGUAUUUAUCCUAAAAAUGUAUAGACACAGGUGAUAGGUCAGUUUUACAGACAUUCAUUCAUCCCUGAUUUUUUACAUCAGUUUUAAGUUAUUCUAUAUGAGUGCUUUGAGAUUCUCUCUUGUGGUCUUAUCUUUCACCAAAGACUUGCUUUCACAAUACAUAUAUCCCCUGAUAACAUUUUCACUUACAAUGACACAGUUGGUUUAUUACAAGCUAUAUAUCACAUGUGCAAUUAUUCGUCUUAGUGGUCUGAGGUUAGAUCAACCCCACAGAGUUACAUCAGCUAGUCAGUUAGUAGUCAUGACAACAACUGCAUUUUAAUGAUAUUUGAAGCUAGGUCAUUUUAUCAUUUCAAAAUGCGAUUAAAUCAAAAUGUCUCCAGAGCUACUGCCUGAAUGUUGAAUAUAGCCAACAGUGGCACAUUGCUUUUUAAAAUCACAAAGGUAGUGUUUUUUAUGAUGAUUAUUGGCAGCAUUUGGUCAUCAUUCUCAACUGGGGAUGAACAGAAAAUAAUUUGUAACUUUUUUUCCCCCGCUUUUGAAGGUUAGCCAUGAGAAAGUUUGGGACAUGCAUCAUUUUGCUAAAGAUCAAAGAAGAGCUUUGAUGGAAUCCUGGGUUCGAUAUAGGAAAGACUUUGUAGUGAAGGCCAUGGUAACCAUCGCUGAGGCCUGUUAUGCAUAUGAAACGGAAAUGACUCUGGCAAAUGAUAGGAAAAAGCAGCAGGAGAUCUGUAGUGAGCUUAAAGAAAAAGUAAGUGAUCCUAUAAGCAGAAAUUAGAGCACUAACCUGUGUAGAACACUGGCCCAGUGAAUAAACCCUGAAAAUGAAUAACGGGUCCCACGAAUCACAAAACAAAAUACUUUUUACAUGGAGAUAAGAAAAACUGGUUCUUUCCAGCCAAAAUCAAUGUCUGGCGUGAAGCAGCUGUGUAAAUUUCCGAUUCCUUUAAAUAACUGACAAAACUGGGCCCAGUUAAGAAUGCAGAAAAUUCAGUCUUACCCGGCCCUUGGAAUAUGAAUUUGUUUUGUUGAAGGCAUUCAAAUGGACAGCGAGCCGGUGCAGGGAGGCAUCCCAUUGUACAGCGCUAUGGAAUUUGCUGGCGCUAUAUAAAUGAUAAAAUAAUAAUAAUGUCAAAGAAUCAAGCCAGACAUAAAACCUAGUGGUUUUUGGGAGUUCUUAAAGUGACUAAAAACUAAGUUUGAAAAGACAGAAAAUAGGUUAACAUGGAAGUACUAUUUGUAAAAUUGCUGAAGGUUUUAUUGCUUUUUGGUACCAUGGAUGAUCUCAAUUAUCAGUGAAUUAGUCAUGUUUGUGUAUUAUGCCUUUAUAAACAGAUUGGGAAAAAGAUGUGUUUGGCCUCGCUUCUUUUGAUUGAAUGCCUUCAAUGAAUCCAGGUUAGAUCCCUGUUUGUGGCUUCCUUAAACAAACACUCCAAGCACCAUGACUAUUAUAGUGCGCUGUAGUGGUUAUGGUGUCCAGAGUGUCCUGGAACCCCCCCUCAUUGUAAGUAGUCAAACUGUUUUAAAGCUGGGGUCCACUCCCUGCCUUCACUUCUGACAUAACUAAUUUCUGCUCCCUGACUUCAUACAGGCAGUAGUGAGAGCAAGAAGGUCCUGCUAGGUGCUUAAGUGAGAUUCCCCAAGCCCUGUACAGAGUGUUCCUCAGCAGACCCUAAGUACGACGUCAUACCAUUGUAAACAUUUUGGCUAGUUACAAUGGGGGAGGGGCUCCAUAACAACUACAGUACUCUGUAGACGGUAUGAUACAUGGAGUAUUCCUUUAAUGGGAUCCACCACUUUGUCUGUUGCUGCAUCCAACCAGCAUGGUAACCAUUAUUGAACUUUAUUUCCCAGAUUUCUGUGCCAGAAAAGACAUUUUAUAAUGUAGUUUAAACUAUGAUUUGCACUAUUAUAUGGUUUUGUAAGAUACAAUACACUAUGGACCAUUCUGCAUUAAAGAGCAGGACUGUCGGGGGCUGAAUCUUAUGUUUAAAGCACAAACGCAGGGCUGAGUGUAAUGUAAUUACACACAAAUAUAUGCAGAACGUAUACACACAUACAUCAGCAUUCUCAGAACACUGACAUAAAUACAAGUACACACAGUAUCAUUAUUAUUUCAUUUUUGAGUUCCACUGUGUGAAUUAUGGAUUGAUACUGACCAUCAUCCACUCCCAGGAAUUUCUGGGUCUGGAUAUGAAUGGUGGGGUUAGGGCUGUAAUGAUGGGCUUUUGGGCAUUGCCACUGUCAACCCAUGCUUCACACAGAAACACUCUGCUUGUGGAGGAGACUGAAAUGGGGAAUGUAAGGAAAUCAAGUAUAGCUGAACCGCUUUGAUAAUUCCUCCUGCAAUGCCAGCGUCUAAGGUAGUUCUAAGCAAUGAAGUCCAUAAGAAAUAUAACAGCUUCCCAAGAUAAUCCCCUUGGUAAAGCAUACGAAUUCCCAAAUAACAGUCAGAGUCCAGAAUCAGGAUACAAGUAGAUCUGAGGUCUGGAAUCUCCAGCCUGCUUUUUAUUAAGGUUACAGACAAGAAGUACACACCCAGGGGGAGGCAUUAAAUCACCAAUCAGGUAUAGGUUACAGCCCAUACCUCCCUCCCCUCUGAUAAACAGUUAACUUAAUUAAAACGUGCACUAUUUUACCCCAGUUCUGGAUGUACCCCAAAAACAGGGGGUACACCUUUAAAUUGGGUACCGCUGGAUAGUUCUCAUUUGUGGGGACAACAUAUCAAAAAAUCAGUCCAUUCGGAUGGAUGGUUCGGGAGUUAUGGAACACUAAAGUUUUGACCGACCGCACGGACCAUCUAGCCGAAAAUAGUUCCAUAAGUUUUGGCCCUGCGGUCGGUCUCCGUUUAGGCGAAUAAAAGAGACGAAAGCCCUGCCAUCCAUUCGCAUCUUUGUGAUCGUUGAAAUCCCCAUACGAAGUUGCAUGUAACUACCGAACGGCCGGUGAUUCGGUCGUUCCCGUGCGAAGUUCUGGAUGUAUGGAGGUCUCAGCGGUGUUCGCCUGUUUGCGUAUCCGAUUUUAGUUCCACGCGUUGACGGGCAAACACCGCUGUUCGCACGUAAAAUGGCCGCGGCCACGUGUAAAGUGCCGAAAUGGCGGCCAUCUAUAUUUUACACAGGGAAUUCGCCUGAAUCCAUCCGAAGGGUAGAAAUGAAAGCUAUAUGCCGAAUUCCAGCUGAGUUUGGUGAAUUAACUGUACAACAAAAGGUAGAAAUCCUGAUUAACGGAGUCAUUUCUUCACACUGCUCCCCUAUAAGUCCAUAGGUCGGCAUACCCGCCUAGACCCUGUCGGGUUGGCUUGGGGAUGUCCGAUGAAAGUACGUUUUUAGGUGUCCAGUUCGGUCUGGCGGGACAGACCAUCCGCAUUCCCAUUUUGUUUACCCGGACGGUACUGCAUGGUAAAAUUGUAUGGUUGGAGAGCUAAGCUCCACCGGAGUAGCCUGGGGUUGUCACCAGCUACCCGGUUGAGCCAUACCAGGGGGUUGUGGUCGGUCAUAAGGGUAAACGCUCGCCCAUACAGAUAGGGCUGAAGUUUCUUGAGGGCCCACACGAGGGCCAAGCACUCUUUUUCUACGGUGGCAUAGCUGACUUCUCGGGGCAAAAGUUUACGGCUGAGGUAUGCCACCGGGUGUUCCAUGCCAUCCGCCCCCACCUGGAUUAGCACGGCUCCCAGCCCAAACAUGGAGGCAUCUGUGUGGACCAGAAAUUGUUUAGUGUAAUCGGGUGCUGCCAACACAGGGGCCUCACUCAAUGCCGCUUUGAGCUUCUGGAAAGCGUCCGUGCACUCUGGGGUCCAGGAGACCUGUUUGGGAAGAGCCUUUUUGGUAAGGUCCGUGAGGGGCUUGGCCAGGGCGCUAUAUUCUGGGACGAACUUUCUAUAAUACCCGGCCGUCCCUAAGAAAGCCAGUACCUGGGUUUUGGUCCGGGGUUGGGGCCAGUUAGCUAUGGCCUCUACCUUAGCGGGCUCUGGGCGUUGUCUACCGGAGCCGACCCGGUGGCCUAGAUACUGGACCUCGGCUAGGCCUACGUGACAUUUGUCGGGUUUCAAAGUGAGCCCUGCGAGGUGGAUUCGUUCGAGUACCCUGGACACAUGACCUAGAUGGUCUCCCCAUGUGCGGCUAUAGAUGGCAAUAUCAUCUAGAUACGCACAUGCGAAGUCCUGAAACCCCUCCAGGAGCCUAUCCGCCAUCCGCUGAAACGUAGCCGGGGCGUUCUUCAUCCCAAAGGGCAUCACCUUGAAUUGGUAUAGCCCAAAAGGGGUGACGAACGCCGACUUGGGGAUGGCCGCAGGCUCCAAGGGGAUCUGCCAAUAACCCUUGCACAGGUCCAGGGUAGUCAAGUAGUUCCCCCCCGCCAUACGGUCUAAGAGCUCAUCUAUUCUAGGCAUGGGGUAGGCAUCGGUUAUGGUACGGUCGUUAAGCCUCCGGUAAUCUACACAGAAGCGCGUAGUGCCGUCGCGCUUCGGUACUAGUACCACCGGGGAGGCCCAAGGACUUUGGGAGGGUUCUAUUACCCCUAGCCGUAACAUAUCCCUUAACUCGGUGAGCAUACUCUCACGUACUGCUUCUGGGAUCCGAUAUGGCUGUUGCCGUAGGGGCGUCUCUCCCUGGGUUUCCACACGGUGUACCGCAGCGGAGGUAUAGCCGGGGGUAGCGGAAAACAUCUCUCGGUAUCCCUGCAGCAGUUGAGUAGCCUCCCCUUUCUCCAGGAGGUCUAAAUUUUGACCCAAGCUUACUUGGUCAAUAGUACAGGGGGUGGUAUCCAGUAAGUCAGGAAGGGGUAGCCCUUCACUAUCCUCUGUGGCGGGGGCGCACACGGCGCCCACCUCCUCUGUUCUUUCAAAAUAUGGUUUGAGCAUGUUCACAUGGAAGGCUUUGGUCAGCCUUUCAUCUGAGCAUUUGCUCACGAUGUAGGUAGUCUCGCUAACCUGUUCCACUACCUUAAAGGGUCCCUGCCAGGCUGCUUGCAGCUUGUCCUUUUUAACUGGCCUCAGAGCCAGUACCUUCUGCCCUAAGUCCAGCACUCUAUCCUGGGCCCUCCUAUCGUACCACUUUUUCUGGUCCUCCUGGGCCGCCUGCAGGUUCUCCCGAACUGAUUCGGUGAGGGCCCGCAGACGGUCCCGGAACUCCAGGACAUCUGUAUUGCCCUCCCAGUGUUCCCGUACGAGCUCCAGUGGGCCCCGAACUUUUCUCCCGUACAGGAGUUCGAAGGGGGAAAACCCAGUGGAGGCCUGGGGCACCUCACGGUAGGCAAACAGAAGGUGGGGAAGGAAUUUUUCCCAAUUCUUGUGGGACUCUGUAAAAGUUUUUAGCAUCUGUUUUAGAGUGCCAUUGAAACGUUCACAGAGCCCGUUAGUCUGGGGAUGAUACGGGGCGCUGAACAGGGGUUGCACUCCACAGCUCUGCCACAGUUGUUGCGUCAGGGUAGCUGUGAACUGCGUCCCCCGAUCGGAGAGUAUCUCCUGCGGGAAACCUACUCGGGUGAAUAUCUGAAUAAGGGCCUCUGCCACGGUCUCGGCCUCUAUAUUGGUGAGGGCGACUGCCUCCGGGUAUCUAGUGGCGUAGUCGACCACCGUUAGGAUAAACUUUUUGCCCGACGGGCUGGGGCGACUGAGGGGUCCUAUUAAAUCCACCGCUACUCGGUGGAAGGGCUGUUCGAUGAUGGGUAGGGGGUGCAGCUUAGCCUUCCGAAGGUCUCCCCUUUUCCCUACCCUUUGGCAUACAUCACAUGUCCUGCAAUAGUACUUAAGGUCCUGGGUGGCUCUGGGCCAGAAGAAGGUUUGAGUUAACCUGUCUCUGGUCUUUUUGACCCCUAAAUGUCCUGCUAGGGGAAUGUCAUGACUGAGUUUUAACAACUCAGCCCGAAAUUUACGGGGCACAACUAACUGUCUUUUUAUGACCUGGGUAGCCCCCUGUCCCACCCCCUCGGUUACCCUAUAUAGCAACCCCUUAUACCACUCAAAUUUUUCGUGCGGGUUGUUCUCGGGGGUAGCGGCCGCGGCCUUCCUAUAGCCUUCUAAUGUGGGGUCAGUACGCUGUUCCUGUUCAAACCCCUGGGGGGUAUCCCAGAAGGGUACGGGGGGAUCGGGUAAGGGAGGUAUUUCGAAUCUUACCUGGUUUUCCUCAGAGUGCAGCGGAGCUUCCAGUCUGGCUUGAGCUCGGGUGGUAACCGGGUAGGCCUCGGCAGGGGGGUCUCGGGCUAGUUGAGAGGUUAGGCAUCCCACAUCAUUUCCCAACAAAACCUCGGCGGGCAGUUCUUGCAUAAUCCCCACCUCCAGUUGUUUAGACCCGGAACCCCAAUCAACAAGCAUAUUAGCGGUGGGCAGUUUGUGAAUAGCGCCCCCAGCCACCCUUACAGCGACGGUGCGUCCGGUGCGAGCUUGUGCUCUGACCAUGUGGGGCUGUACCACAGUCAAAGUAGCCCCAGAGUCUCUCAGCGCCCGGGCCCCCACGCCAUCGACGGUAAUCCAUUGGCGGUGGUGGUCCCGGUUGUCCCCCCCAGCUUGUACUGGAUUGACCUCAUGUAAUACGCUCCACUGUUCUUCGUGGUUAAGGGCAGGGCCUGUGUGUUCCUGUUGCACACAGUGAGCAGCUGCCCUGGGUUGUUGUGGGGCUGGCCGUUCCCAGCUUCCCCGGUUUAAGCGAGGGCACUGAUACUUGUAAUGUCCUGGUUGCUUGCAGUAGUGACACACUGCAGGAGGUCGAGGUGUGUUUGCUGGGUUCGGUGGGGGGUUACCUAUGGCAGGUCUAGGUGGAGUCGGGUUUGUUGGAGCUGUGUACUGAGGCUUAAAUGGUGGUCUGCUCGCCCCUUGCUCCUUCCUCCUGUUAUCCUGGUACUCGUCCGCUAGCCUAGCGGCCUCCUCCACGGUUUUUGGUUUCCUAUCUUUUACCCAGUCUUUUAUGUCCUCUGCAGUAUGAUUAAAAAAUUGCUCCAGUAUCACUAGUUGCAAAGCUUCUUCUAGGGUGGUUGCCUGGCAGCCCUUCAUCCAAUUGCGGGCUGCCCGCUGCAGGCGAAAAGCCCAUUCCGUAUGGGAAUCUCUCCCAGUCUUUCUCAGGUCUCUAAACUUUUUCCGGUAUGCCUCCGGAGUUACCGCAUAUCUGGCCAACAAAAUGUCUUUUAUUUUCUCAUAAUUAUGUAUGUCCCCCUCAGGUACUGCUCGCAGCGCCUCGGCUGCUCUACCUGACAAUUUACUGCUGAAGACUGCAGCCCAUUUGGUGGAGUCUAAUCCCUCCAGUGCACACUGACGUUCAAAGUCUUGCAAGUAACUGUCAAUUUCCAUUUCAUUGUCAACAAAUGAUUUAAACGCUGCAUAAUUUACCUUCUUUGGUAUUUCCCCAAUACUUCUCGGGGAGUGUAGCAAAUCCCCCUGUGACGAUCUGUCCCGGUCAUCUCGCUCUUUUUGCGCUUGUCUGGCUUGUGCUACGACCUGCAGUAUUGCCUCUGAGGAUGGAUUGGGUCCCAAUAAACUGAGUGUCCAUCGGAUGUCCUUUUGCAUCACGGUUUCUUCCUCUUGAUCCAUCUCUAUAUUACUGGUAUUAUCGCUCUGCAUUAACUCCGCAAUUAUCGUGGCUUUUGUUUUGUUACUUGCCACUCUGCCUCGAGCUUCCAGUAAGUCCUUUAGCGUGGUUCUUUUAAGUAGCUGGUACUGCUGAGCCAUUCAUUCCUUUGCUUGUUUUGAAAUGUCCAUUUGGGAUUCGAAUCCCUCCGCUUGCCACCAGUUGUAAGGAAAUCAAGUAUAGCUGAACCGCUUUGAUAAUUCCUCCUGCAAUGCCAGCGUCUAAGGUAGUUCUAAGCAAUGAAGUCCAUAAGAAAUAUAACAGCUUCCCAAGAUAAUCCCCUUGGUAAAGCAUACGAAUUCCCAAAUAACAGUCAGAGUCCAGAAUCAGGAUACAAGUAGAUCUGAGGUCUGGAAUCUCCAGCCUGCUUUUUAUUAAGGUUACAGACAAGAAGUACACACCCAGGGGGAGGCAUUAAAUCACCAAUCAGGUAUAGGUUACAGCCCAUACCUCCCUCCCCUCUGAUAAACAGUUAACUUAAUUAAAACGUGCACUAUUUUACCCCAGUUCUGGAUGUACCCCAAAACAGGGGGUACACCUUUAAAUUGGGUACCGCUGGAUAGUUCUCAUUUGUGGGGACAACAUAUCAAAAAAUCAGUCCAUUCGGAUGGAUGGUUCGGGAGUUAUGGAACACUAAAGUUUUGACCGACCGCACGGACCAUCUAGCCGAAAAUAGUUCCAUAAGUUUUGGCCCUGCGGUCGGUCUCCGUUUAGGCGAAUAAAAGAGACGAAAGCCCUGCCAUCCAUUCGCAUCUUUGUGAUCGUUGAAAUCCCCAUACGAAGUUGCAUGUAACUACCGAACGGCCGGUGAUUCGGUCGUUCCCGUGCGAAGUUCUGGAUGUAUGGAGGUCUCAGCGGUGUUCGCCUGUUUGCGUAUCCGAUUUUAGUUCCACGCGUUGACGGGCAAACACCGCUGUUCGCACGUAAAAUGGCCGCGGCCACGUGUAAAGUGCCGAAAUGGCGGCCACCUAUAUUUUACACAGGGAAUUCGCCUGAAUCCAUCCGAAGGGUAGAAAUGAAAGCUAUAUGCCGAAUUCCAGCUGAGUUUGGUGAAUUAACUGUACAACAAAAUGUAGAAAUCCUGAUUAACGGAGUCAUUUCUUCACAGGGAAUAUGUGGAACAUUAGAUACAGGUAUUGGUGAGCAGCGAUCAUUAGGGAGAGGUUUUUUUACGGACCUGAAGGUGAUCUAAAAAUUGCUGUGAAUGAAUUAUGACCUUAAAUAAAUGUAUGUAUUUAAUAAUACACUUUGCAAGCUUUGAUAGUUAACCCUUCCUACACAAGCAGACCUAUCUUUGAAAUUAACGUUCUUCUUAUUUAUUCUGAAUAAAUUGCUUAUCAAACACCCCAUCUAAUAUGCUCUCUGUGUGAUUAAAAUAAUGAGGCAUUUUCACUAUACAAACUACACUGCACUUCGGAGGAUUAUACUAAUUAACAAACUGAAAACCCCUGAAAGGUACAGUUAGGCCUCUGGACUGAUUCAUAAGCAGUUAGGGGCCAGAUCCCUCCCUCGGACCAAAUGAAUUAGAGAAGAUGCUGUAAGUAGCCACAAAUUAGCUUUUCCCCCCAACUAAUUUAAGUUGCAAGUAAUAUCCAUUCUUUGUCAGAAUUCCCAGCACCUUUUGACAUGACACUUUCUGUCAUGUGAGAAUAAAAUUGUGAGUUGUAGCUUUGAUUUUCUGUUCUUUGUGUCAAAUUAUGACAGCUUUUGUCACAUAAAGAACAGACGUGAAUGUCUGAGGUUUUGAAAAGAGGCGUUUUAUGGUUCAAUGCCUGCGAAUUUCAGUAAAGCGCCAAUUCCAUGUUUACAGUUAUGAGUUCCAUGGGGAUGUACAAUACGCCGCUCAGAGGCCUAAACAAUCACCUCACCCCCAUAAAACACUAUAUGCACGUUGUCAUUCAUCUAUUAUAAAUAAGUAUUUGCAUUUACUAUCUGUGAUGAAUGGAACGUGAGUGUCCUCAGAUAAGAAAUGUACAGUCACAGAGAAGAUGAUCUAUGUUAUCCACCAGUUAAUGAGAUAAUAAAUAUUCACAUCUAUACACAUCUUUAUUCUACACAGUUAUGUGCCGUUAUGCCUAAUAAUAUUUUGGAAUAAUAAAAUAGCAUUUUAGAGAUCUUGUAAGACUCUUGAUAUACUUAAACCAGGACAAUGAUUGACCGCUUUAUUUCAUAUGAUAACCUGUGUGAAUGAGAUUUGCUGGCUAGCAUGACAGGUAAAUAACGGGUCUUCUAUGAUAAUCCCAAUAAUUAUAAGGACUCAAUCAUGCAUACCACAACACUAUAUUGUUUGCAAUUUACUGAUAAAUAUAUCUUUAGUUUGUGAUAGUUGACUGGCCAGCAAAUGCUUAAAAUAGCAGGCACAGUGGGGAGCAGUGAGUGUACCAUAAUGCAGAUUUGUAUGAUGAUUCCUCUCCCUCGACAAAAGGGGACAUCAAGAGACUGCUUGUGGAUCUUCGACAGGUCUGGAAGGCAGACUUUCAAGAAGCUCAAGCCGAAAAGGGCAUCCUACAUCAGAAGGUGCCUGCUGUGGAGGAGAGGGAGAAGACACAAGACAGUGAGCUACAGAACACAAAACACCAAAGGAGGGUCUUAGCGUACAGGUCAAACAGCUGCACAAGAUAGUGACCUACCUAAAAAUCCCGCCAUCGGACCAUAUGCUUACAGGUUUAGGAACCGCCCUCACUGAAGGAGGGACAACCAGAGAAGAUACGUUACAAGAGAGGGGAGACUCAGACAAAGGAGACCCACACCGCAAAUCGACUCAGCAGAGUCUAACCAGCCUCUAACACCAAAAACAUUAUCAGAUUUUUAAUUAAAAUUUUUGUUUCAAUUUUGAUUUUGCUGAUGAGACUGUUGUCUCCUUUUCGGUGGCUGUGGGAAUGAGUUUAUGUCCUGGAGUAUGCUACCGGUAUGCACCUGCCAACCAUCCGAAGUGCGCUAUAUGGGCUAAAGUUUGAAAUGCAAAUAUGCCUUGAGAUUCGAGGCUGCUUUUAUGUUUAUUUUCUUAUAUUUUUUGAUUAGAAUGGAAAUUGUUGCAUUGCUUCCAGUCUUGAAAUAAUCUUGACCUGUUUAUUCCUUUUGGAUAUAUUUUGGCACAUUUGUAUGCUAUUUGUACAAAUCCUAAUAAAAAACACAUUAAUAAAAAAUACAAAAAUAGCAGAUAGAGCGAAGAAGAUGUUACUAUUACAAGAUUCAGGUCCAGCUGGAGUCUCAUAGUAGCCAUAUAGAAAUUCUAUGCGAAUGUUACCCAUGUAUCUUACACAAUGUUCUUUGCAAUCUGUACUAGAAGCAGAGGAUUCUGGGAUGAAUUAUAGAGGAUGCUGGGUAAAGUUAAGCUGUACCUAGAAUUUGUCUACAGUUACUCUAUAGACCAGACAGUAAAACAAGAUUCUGCCUUGAAAUUCAUCACAGAAUCUCUUUAAAGUUUUGCCUAUGGUACGUGUAUACAAGCUGCCUUAAAGGUAAUGUAACCUAAGCAGCGUUUAACAUGGGUAGGUGUUGACAAAUACACUGGUUCGUCAUCUCCAUAUAGCCAUGUAUACAAACAUAAUUUUCCUCAUAUAGCAGAAAAACCGAGAAUCUACCAAUUAGCUCACACGUUAGACACCUCUUUUUGGUGUGUUAAUAGAAAUGUUGUCACACAAUGUAUAGAAUAGAUUUUGUAUGUUCUGCACACAUUGGGUUUAUUUAUUACCUUGGGUUAACUGAAACAAAAUUGCAAAUUUUGCUCCAAAACAGCUUAAUUGGAUUUUUGUUUUGAAUUCACAAUUUAGUAUAAAAAGAAAAAAGUACUGUUUUCAUUAACUCCUUUUCAAGAGAUCCAUUAAAAAUAUAUAAAUGCUGCUAAACAGACUUCAUAGAAAACUAGUUUUUUUGUUAUUGCGCUGGAAUACUCAUAUUAACAUCUAUAUUGAAGACACCUCUUGGCAGUUAGACUAGCUGCUAUCACUUUAAUUCGCCUUGUUACGUGGGAGUAUACAAACUAUUAAUUUGUGAUGUACAGUGACCUUUUUAAAGGCACACUCACAGAAGGGUUAGUUACCUAUAAUCCUCCAGCCCAGUUGUCCAGAAAUAUAUUAAAAAUGAAGCUUACAGUAAAAUGUUCUAUUUUACUGAAAAGAAUUGAGCUUCAAUUUGCUACAGUUCACUUGUGUCUGUUGUAAUUAUUUAGCUUACAUUGGCCUUAAUUGAAUAUUUUUGUAUAAACUUUUCAAAUGACCACAUUUGGGAUGUUCAAGGGCAUUUCCGCCCAUUCAGUGGAAAGUUGGUUCACAAGUAUCUGCUACAAAUCUGUGCCCCACCUGCCCUUCUAAAUAUUCCGGCUAUAUACUUUCUUAAUGUUGAGAGGUGUGCCCACCCUGAGAGUAGAAAUUAACUUCAUGGCUACCUUAAGGUUAGUUAUCACUCAACGGGUGUGAAAAGUUGUAGCCAACUUGUGUCAUCUCAAAAAGAAUCUUUAGUAAUUGUAUAUCAGGCAGUCAAGUUGCAUCCCCUUUGUAUAAACAAUACUAUAUUGCGUAUAUUAACUUCAAAAUAUCUAUCAAUGUAGGCUACAGCCCCUAAUAUAAAGAGCAAUUUAUUAAGUAUAAAAGUAUUGAUCACAAUACAAAGCAAGAUCACAGUACAAAGCAAGUCCACAAUAUAGUACAUUACCAAACUGGCAAGGCAAGAGUGCAAACCUCCAUGUAAUACAAUGUCUCCAGUGAUCAAGAAUCCUUAGGCCUUUUGUGCAUAUAUCAGAUACAGAAUCAAGUUUCUUUUGUCUGUACUAUGAUAAGCUGUCGUUACUUAUAAUGCAUCGGCAGUCUAUAAUAUCCCACAUUAAUAUCAUCUUUGAUAACAGGAUUGUUUUAAAAAUCAGGACUGCGAGUUUGGUACCUUUGCCUGUCCUGACAAAUCUAAAAAAAAAAAACACUGUAUAGGAUUCUAAUGCCUUUUGCAGUUUUACAUACAUAUGAGAUUUCAAGAUUUCAGUCAUACAGGGAGUGCAGAAUUAUUAGGCAAAUGAGUAUUUUGACCACAUCAUCCUCUUUAUGCAUGUUGUCUUACUCCAAGCUGUAUAGGCUCGAAAGCCUACUACCAAUUAAGCAUAUUAGGUGAUGUGCAUCUCUGUAAUGAGAAGGGGUGUGGUCUAAUGACAUCAACACCCUAUAUCAGGUGUGCAUAAUUAUUAGGCAACUUCCUUUCCUUUGGCAAAAUGGGUCAAAAGAAGGACUUGACAGGCUCAGAAAAGUCAAAAAUAGAGAGAUAUCUUGCAGAGGGAUGCAGCACUCUUAAAAUUGCAAAGCUUCUGAAGCGUGAUCAUCGAACAAUCAAGCGUUUCAUUCAAAAUAGUCAACAGGGUCGCAAGAAGCGUGUGGAAAAACCAAGGCGCAAAAUAACUGCCCAUGAACUGAGAAAAGUCAAGCGUGCAGCUGCCACGAUGCCACUUGCCACCAGUUUGGCCAUAUUUCAGAGCUGCAACAUCACUGGAGUGCCCAAAAGCACAAGGUGUGCAAUACUCAGAGACAUGGCCAAGGUAAGAAAGGCUGAAAGACGACCACCACUGAACAAGACACACAAGCUGAAACGUCAAGACUGGGCCAAGAAAUAUCUCAAGACUGAUUUUUCUAAGGUUUUAUGGACUGAUGAAAUGAGAGUGAGUCUUGAUGGGCCAGAUGGAUGGGCCCGUGGCUGGAUUGGUAAAGGGCAGAGAGCUCCAGUCCGACUCAGACGCCAGCAAGGUGGAGGUGGAGUACUGGUUUGGGCUGGUAUCAUCAAAGAUGAGCUUGUGGGGCCUUUUCGGGUUGAGGAUGGAGUCAAGCUCAACUCCCAGUCCUACUGCCAGUUCCUGGAAGACACCUUCUUCAAGCAGUGGUACAGGAAGAAGUCUGCAUCCUUCAAGAAAAACAUGAUUUUCAUGCAGGACAAUGCUCCAUCACACGCGUCCAAGUACUCCACAGCGUGGCUGGCAAGAAAGGGUAUAAAAGAAGAAAAUCUAAUGACAUGGCCUCCUUGUUCACCUGAUCUGAACCCCAUUGAGAACCUGUGGUCCAUCAUCAAAUGUGAGAUUUACAAGGAGGGAAAACAGUACACCUCUCUGAACAGUGUCUGGGAGGCUGUGGUUGCUGCUGCACGCAAUGUUGAUGGUGAACAGAUCAAAACACUGACAGAAUCCAUGGAUGGCAGGCUUUUGAGUGUCCUUGCAAAGAAAGGUGGCUAUAUUGGUCACUGAUUUGUUUUUGUUUUGUUUUUGAAUGUCAGAAAUGUAUAUUUGUGAAUGUUGAGAUGUUAUAUUGGUUUCACUGGUAAUAAUAAAUAAUUGAAAUGGGUAUAUAUUUGUUUUUUGUUAAGUUGCCUAAUAAUUAUGCACAGUAAUAGUCACCUGCACACACAGAUAUCCCCCUAACAUAGCUAUAACUAAAAACAAACUAAAAACUACUUCCAAAAAUAUUCAGCUUUGAUAUUAAUGAGUUUUUUGGGUUCAUUGAGAACAUGGUUGUUGUUCAAUAAUAAAAUUAAUCCUCAAAAAUACAACUUGCCUAAUAAUUCUGCACUCCCUGUAGUGUUUGAGAAACAGAACAGGUAAAUUUAAGAAUAUUUAGCUUAUUUUUAAUUACCCAAGUCUACCAGCAGAUCCUGUGUCAUAGAUGUUAAAGGAACACUGUAGGGUUUAGAAACACAAACAUAUUUCUGACCCUAUAGUGUUAAAAACACCCUCUAGCCCCCUUCCCCCCUUGCACCCCUAAGUAAAAUCUUACUUGUACUCAAGUAUGCAGCUACUGCCUCUGUCCCUGAUCUGCCUGAUUAGCUGUCAUCAUCAGAAGUGAUUCUCUGGGCCAGUCACAAUGCUUCUCUAUAGGAUUGGCUGAGACUCUAAAGGAGAUCAGGGACAGAGCCAGCAUAAGCUAAACACAGCCCUAGCCAAAUAGCAUUUCCUCAUAGAGAUGCAUUGAAUUAAUGCAUCUCUAUGAGCAAAGUUCAGUGUCUCCAUGCAGAGGGUGGAGACACUGAAUGGCAGAGCUGCACAGUGUGCAGCACUGCCCCAGGAAGCACUUCUAGCAGCUAUCUGAGGAGUGGCCAGUGGAGUUUUCUCUGAAAAGAAAUUGCUUACUGCAAAAAGCCUGAAGGGAAUGAUCCUACUAACCAGAACAAAUACAAUAAGCUAUAGUUGUUCAGGUGACUAUAAUGUCCCUUUAAGGUGUUUUAUUUCGUUUUUAUAAUAUAUAACUACUAAUUCCCCUUUAAUGUCUGUAUGCCACUUCUAAAUUAUUAUCAUAAUAAAUAUUAACCAUCAUGGCUUUGUGAUCAAUAUCGCAUUGUGCUUUAAAUGUAAUAAAAUCAUAUCAUGCCUUAACAGAUUUGAAAUAAAUUUACCCGGUAAGUCAUAGAAUAUCAAUAAGUGAGCAGUAGUAAACAAAGCUGAGAUUAGUUAUGUGUACAGGGCUAGAUAUUGAGUGUCUUUAUACAUAAAUGAACUAUUUAUAUGUUGACAGAUCCCAAGGUAAUCCAAAGCAGUUAAAUUGACCUGUGGCAGUGUAUCAUUUUUUCCUAUAAAAAACUAUGUAUAAGAUACAAUUUAUCUGAUUAAUCUGCUCUUGAAUUUAACUCCAGUAUUGAUUCUCUUGGCCACGUGCCGCCUUCUCUCUCGUGUCCUGUUCUAAGGAAACCUUUGUUAGUUUGUCAUUUUCUCGUUAUUUGUAGCAUUGGCCAAACACCAAAUUUCUUCUGUACGAUUUAUCUUAAGAACAUCUGUUCGGCAACACCCCGAGCUCCAGCGAACCUCUCAUGUCAGUUUCAUCAUUUAUGCCAAGCUGAGAAAAAUCUGGUGCUUUUUAUACAGGAACCAAUCGAUAAGGAAUUUAUUUUCUCUGUCAAGAUCACACAGCCUUAGUUAGACAUUAGAUAAAUGAUGGCAGUUUUAACUUUCAUGCUUUUUCCAAAGUGGCUGAUUUUAUUUCUACAAAUAAUUUUGUAACUAAAAUAUUUUCUACCUUCCAAUUUAUUAUAUGCAUAACUUUAAAACUAUGACUUGGUUCUCACUGCGGUGCUCCUAAGCGGACAAUAAGCACACUACAGCUCACGCGCCUGCCUGCUCCGCCAAUCUGUGUCAUCCAGGCUAGAUUAAAAUUAAUUUGGUAACACAGAUUAAACCCAAUUAAGACAAGAAAAACGUCACUGCAGGUUCUGCUUGGGUCUAACAGACUCACUGGGACUCCUUUUGGUCCUGCUGUAGUUCCCAGGUUGGCCCCUGAUCCAUUGCCUGGAACGCUACUUGAAUGGAACAUUACCUGAGAAAAUAGUUGUUCUUGUGGGUGAGGACCAGUGUGGGAGCAAAGGUGAAGGGAAGGUGUAUGUAUAUCAUUGGGUGAAUAGUGCAUCGCUAUGCAAAAAGGUAUUUAUGCAUAUUGUUCAUACUAAAACAUGUCACCUUAUGUGAUUUGCUGUGAGUGUCACAAAGAAAGCCUAUUUAAAAUCUACAAGCCAGUUUUACACAUCUCUUAGUUUCUCGAGUAGGCUCAUAAAAGACCCAUUCCCUGCCAGUAUCUCAGAUCUGCUGCCUCCCAGGGACCACCUGACAAUCCGAAAGCUCACAGACUGUGUUUAUGGGGAUUCUUGCAAAUACUAACUAAUGUUUUAUGAGUCCUUCUAAUGGACAACCUGCUUUUAUAGCUCAGCUUGAUUUUGCUUAUAUGUAACAAUGGCUUUUAUUGAGCUAACCCACACGCAGAAGUCAAAGCAAUAAGAACAAAAUAUUGCGUUAAUAGUAUAGACCAGGGGUAGGCAACCUAUGGCACUAGUGCUAUGCACGGCACUCGAGGUGCCUUUGCACGGCACUCAAGGCUGCUAGAGCCAAACAUGCUCUAUACUAUCAGGAGUCCCAGUAAAACUUCAGAUAUCUGCUAAUACGAAGAGGUGGUGAAGGACAAUCCUCAAUUUAUGCAUUGCAGCACUUAGAGGAAGUGAUCUCAGAGCACUUCAUUCCAGCACUUGUGAAUGGGAAUCCACAAUGUAGUAGAGCAGCUCGCAGUUGCUGUUGCAGCUCCUGUCCUUGACCUGUAUCUGGCCGGCCUGGUCCCCACUGGAACCCAGGGAAGCCACCCACACUGCUAGAUAUACACAGAAAUGCAGAAUAACCCUCCCCUCAUACAAAUAAUACGGACAGCCCACACACAAACAUACACAGAUUCCGCUUAAACGCAACACCACUAACAAUCCACAUACAUGCACACAACCCCACAUGCAGCCUAUCACAUGCAAUACCCCAAACAGCCCCCACACACUACCAAACACACAAUGUGACAUAUCCAUCCACACACACAAUUCCAUAAGCAGCUCCCAUACACAGCCCACAUUCAUAUGUAUCAUACACAAUACCACAAACUACUCAUGAACAUAUAUAAUAAUAUAAUAGCUCAUAUACGCACAAAUACAACAAUACAAAGCAAUUACAGUAAAAAUAACACAAGCAGAAUACGGCAGCAAACACACUUCAAUUUAAAAAAAAAAUAGGACCAGCACGCUACGGGACAUCACAAUCCUAUAUUGGCACAGUGCUGCUAAAAGGUUGCCUACCCCUGGUAUAGACGCACAGAAUGCAUAGGAAAACUCUUGUUAUCAGUCAUACGUAACCUCUUCUCCUACGGAACUAAAUACAGGAUUUCUGCAAGCACAGUGUGUUCAAACAAUGUGUUCUGUAGCAUUUCGUUACAUGUCAUUUGUCAACAAUAUAUAUAUGCAAUGGAGAGCACCUUAGUAGGAAGCAUGGUUAGUAUUCACAGGGUCAUUUGGAUCAUAUUAGUGGUAAGAAAACUCAAAGCAGGACUGACCAAAGGCAGAUCCCCAGAUGUUGUAUAACUACAUUCCCCGUGAUGCUUUGCCAUCCAUAAAUCUGCUAGGGACCAACCUUUGGCUGACCAUACAAUGCAGAAACAUUUGGAGUUUAAUUUACCAACCUUCUUAUUUUAUAUAGAGAUGCAAAGGAUAGAGUUUGCAACUGGACACUUUUAUCUUGUCUGUCAGUAAACUCUAUCCUUUGCAACUGGGCACCUCCAUCUUGACUCCCUUUCAAUAAACUCAACCCUUUGCAACUGGACACCUCCAUCUUGGCUCCAUGUCAAUAAACUCUAUCCUUUGCAACUGGGCACCUCCAUCUUGGCUCCAUGUCAAUAAACUCUAUCCUUUGCAACUGGGCACCUCCAUCUUGGCUCCAUGUCAAUAAACUCUAUCCUUUGCUACUGGGCGCUUUUAUCUUGGCUGUCAGUAAAGAAUAGAGUUUAUUGACAUGCAGCCAAGAUAAAGCACCCAGUUGCAAAGGAUAGAGUUUAUUGACAUGGAGCCAAGAUGGAGGUGCCUAGUUGCAGGAUUACGUUGUUGACUUUUACAUUUCAUUUUAUUUUUCACACCUUACAUAUACAGAACAGCUGGCGUGGGCCUUAGUUGGCGUUAUGUGUUUAGCCUAACAUUCUGUGAUCUGUAUUGUUACUAUAUCUCAAAUUAAAAUACUUAAAAAAUGCCGGUCCUCAAGCUAAUUACUGAUAUUUGUUCCUUCUUUCCAUCCUUCCUCAUUGUAGGUCAGGCAGCUGAGAGCUCACCAAGAAGAAGCUUCUAGAUUAGAAUCUUCUAUAGCAGCCCGGAAAAAAGAACUAGCAGAACAACAAGAGAGACAACAAAACGAGAGAGAAAAGCUUCACAGAGCAGAUAACAAAACAAAGGUACGGCCCUUUCACUAGCCUGAAUCUGGUAUUUAGGAUAUUGCACAAAUUAUCUGCGUGUUUUCUAAUUAAAGCUAUUUCUUCACACUGACAGUAUAUUAAAUAAUUGUGUUUAUUCUGCAUUUCUUUUUCUUUCGUUUAAAACCAACAUUGCUUCAAAGGAACUUAAUCUGACCUAGUGCACAGCUCUUUGAAUGGAACUGAUUCUGAAUUAUGUUAUAAAUAUGUGUAUUGCAGCAAUACUAUCGAGGCAGUGGGGAUUCUCGCAGUGCUGCAGUGAUACACCCUGCAUUGCAGUCAAUUUCAGUCACAAUUCAGGAACUGCAUUUCACAGCAAAAGUAGAAUGAGUUUUGUAUUCCGUUAGUUCUGUAAACCAAAGGAACUGCUUUCUGGACUAAUCCAAAAAAGUCAAAAAUGUCGAUAUGAAAAACUGUUUCUUUAGAGGAAAAAAAAGCACAUCCUAAAUCAGUAAGCAACUUUAGGUGCUGACUGGUUGACAGCCGCUAGAGACUUGUUUUCUGCAAAAUGUAAAAGUUGCCAUUUCUCAGAAACAGCUAAGGUUAGCAUUGAAAAUAUACUCUUCUUAGCCAUCAAUCAAGUGACACAGCAGUAAUUCUGAUAGCAAUUCUAAUAGUACUCGCAGGAAGUGAAGCCCAUACUUUUAAUACUCCACAUGUUAGCAGGAUCCGUAACUAUAGAUUAAAUGGGUAUUUACACCAUUGAUACACAUUAUCAGAUGCAGUGACAAAGCCAACCAAAUACUUGUUUAGUCUCCCUGUGUUGAUAUGAAGGACAAUUUUAAUAGACAAUGUGCUUUUGAGAGUUAGAAUGUGGUAGUAAUUUUUAUUGUACGGUAAUUAAUAUAAUUUUUAUACUAAUAUAAUGUAAUUAUUUUAAUUAGUCAGGCCUAAAUAUUUAAGGCGUCUAUGACAUAUACCACCACGUCUGUGUGUUGAAAUGGUGUCUAGAAUGUUCUUUUCUUCCUGCUAGAUCUUCCCCUGUCUAAUAUCUCCCUUAGUGUUAAGUGACAUUGAACGCGUACAGUGCUGUGUUAUAAAGUGUUUCUGCUAAGCUGAAGAUGAGCAAUUCGACUGAAAGAGGAAACAAGCUUUGUCAAAUAUAAUAACCCAUUCAUGCAUAUCAGCGCUUACUAGAAAGAUUGCGUUUUAGGCUUUUUUACUUUAACUCUCAUCUCACGCACAUAGGCAUAUAUUAACUUUGACUUUCUGCUUUGCCUCACACAACAGAUUCAAAAAUACAAAGCUGGAAAACAAAAAGCGUGGGCGGAACAACAGCAGAGGGAUAUCGAACGCCUGGAGAAGCUGAAGGAAAUGAUGGCGCAGAGAGCUCAGAGAGACAGAGAACGGUAGCUACAUCUAUUUUUUAAAUAUAAUGUGUUAGACAGGCAUAAUGGGCUUUAUUUCCAAUUUUGCCAUCAGUUUUGUUACUGCUGACCUUUAGCUGCUGUUUGUAGGUGGGGAUGUGACACGCGGGCCACACAUUCCUCCUAAACACCGCUGAGUUUAACUGCAGAUCUGUCUACCGGGGGUUGAUUAACUAAACAGGGAAUAUGAAGUAAAAUUAAUACGUUCUAGAAUUAUUAACAACUCCGCCAUUUUGGCUCUGAUAUUGAAAUUUGGUUUUUAACUCCCCACAGUUUACUGUUUAGGGAAUAAACCUACAAGCCUUUUUUUAAUAGGUACUGACAUUUAUUUUUAUGUAUAUAUUUAAUUAAUUUUAGUAAAUACUAGCACAAAUGUACAAAUUACAUGUAUGCUCACUUAAAGAUAAAUUUGUCAUUAACACAUUAUGUGCGUGACGGAUCGACAUCUAAUAAGCUAAUACUUCCUGAGAUUCUGAGAUUGUGAUUGUUGGCACCCAAGAUCAUAUAUGGAAAGACUCAAUUCCCAUGGAUUUAUAUAUGGUAUAUGUGCAAUUCAGAAUUAUGGUAAUCUCAAGCACACAAUAUAUUUUCCAAAGAACUGGAUCAGUGGAUUUUAAAAGCAUUUGCUUUGAGUUUAUUGUUGGACUCUUUCAGCUGGCCACUUAUCCAGAAUUUUAGUUUUGUACAUGGUUAUAAGGGGAGCAGGGCCCCCACCAGAAAUUUUGGGGCCCCUAACUCAGCUCAGGGUCUGGGCCCCUUGGGGCCCGCCUCCAAUCCUGCCCACAGGGUCCGCCUCCAAAUACCACCCACAGGAAUACACACACAGACACAAACACACACUGAUACAAAAGGACACAGAUACAUACUAACAGACACACAUACUGAAACAGACAUACACGCAUACAGGCAUACAUACUGACACACAAACUGAGACAUACACACAUAUACAGACACACAGGCAUACUGAGACAUACACACAUAUACAGACACACAGGCAUACUGAGACAUACACACAUAUACAGACAGACACAUACUAACAUGCAUACAGACACACAUGCAUGAAGACAUAAAGACACAGACAGACACACUGACAUACAUACAGACACCGACAUACAUACACACACACAUACAUACAUACAUACAGACAUACAUACAUUCAUACUGGCAUACAUACAUAUAUAUAUAUAUAUAUAUAUAUAUAUAUAUACAGACAUACUGACAUCCAUACACACAUACAUUCAUAAUGGCAUACAGACAUACAUACAUGCAUAUAUACAGACAUACUGACAGACAUACAUACAUGCAUAUAGACAUCCUUACACACAUACACACAGACAUACGUUCAUAAUGAUAUGCAGACAUACAUUCAUACUGACAUACAGACAUACAUAUAUACAUACAUACAUGCAUACAUAUAUACAUACAUAUAUACAGACAUACAGACAUAUACAUACUGACAGACAUACAUAAUGACAUACAGACAUACAUUGAUACUGGCAUACAUACAUAUAUACAUACAGACAGACAUACAGACAUAUAUACAUACAUACUGACAGACAUACAGACAUAUAUACAUACAUACAGACAAACAUAAUGACAUACAUUGAUACUUGCAUACAUACAGACAUACAUUCAUACAUUCAUAAUGACAUACAUAAUAACAUACAUACUGACAGACAUACAGACAUGCAUACAUACAGACAUACAUAUAUACGUACAUACAGACAGACAUGCAUACAUUCAUACAGACACACACACACACAGCUCAUUUUCCAGCCACCCCCUGUUUCUUACCUGCUUUUUUUUUUUUUUUUUUUUUUUUUAAAGGGGCCCGGCUGUGUUAUACCACGGCCACAGCGCUGACCGGGCCCCUGAAGAUAUAGGGCCCAUUGGGUGACCCUAAGUGCGUGGGCCACCUGAUAGGCCUCAUCAGCGUGCGGGCCCCGGUGGAACUGCACCGGCGGCAGUUCCGCCGCUACACCUGGGGCCCGGGCCUGGGUGUCACCCCCUGAUGGCGGCCCUGAAAGGGAGAAUUAUUUGUUAUGGAUCCUAUUUAACAUAUUGUAUGUUGAAAUCACAUUGAUUAAAAAUAAUAUUUUCUUAAAUAAUGUAUAUUAAUUGAAUUUUAAUCUUGUUUAACAGAACUCAAUGUAAAUAUACAGAGGUUUCUUCAGUAAGAUGGUUCUAGUGCAAAUGGGCUUAAUUUGUUCUCAGACAAUAGCCUCAAGAGUCUCAGCUUGACCAGGCACUUUGGCUAAACUCACACCAAUUCUCCCACUAGAUCCAGUAGAGUUCCCAUGGCAGUGAAAGGAUCAAUAGAGGAAUUCUGUUGGAACUAACUCCAACUCUUUGUUCAAGGCCCCAUAGAGGCUAACAAGAAUUGUUUUGACAAUCAGACUUCUAUUGAGUUUUGAAAAGAACGUAAGAAAUAAAAAUUCACAAAGUCAGUAGAAUCAUGGAGAGUAACAUUGACAUCUGAGGGAACACAUGUGGCUCUUUUGCAAGUACAUUUAAACAAUAUAGUAAAGCGUAAGUAGGGACUACUCAUUAACAAUGUCAAGUAGGCAAACUCGUGCUAAGCAUCGAAGUGACUAACUUAUUUCCCUUCUGAGAUGGGAGGAGAGGUGAGACCUCACAUAUCCAGGCACCCAACGUGGAACUGGGAUUACCUAGGGUCAUUGGAGAGCAGCCAGCCAACGAGAACUUAAAUAACAUAUUUUUACCUGGCAUUAAGGCCUUGCGAAUGAGUUAGUACCCCAGACGACUCUAUGGUCCCCCCCACCUGAUCAAUGGAUAGUGAGUUCCAAGAGUCCAUCGUCCAGAAGUAUAUGCCAAUGACAGAAACCCAAAGCAUUACCGUAGAACUAAGUCUGUAGUCUGGUUUAUCUGGUCCCAUUAAUAAGGACUUAAGUCAAGGCAGCUGACUUGCUUGCAAUGUCCUUAAUUCCACCUGCCCUGGAGUCCACUUAAAGGACCACUAUAGGCACCCAGACCACUUCAGAGAAACAGCUAUGUUUACACUGCAGGGUUAAUCCAGCCUCUAGUGUCUGUCUCCCUGACAGCCACUGGAGGCCGCUUCCGUGAUUUACACGGAGUAAAUCGCACUUAUUUGACGUUGGAUGUCCUCCAGUAUCAGAAAAGAGCCCCAUAGGAAAGCAUUGAGUAAUGCUUUUCUAUGGGCGGGUUUGAAUGUGCGCGCGCCUCUGGCUGCGCAUGCGCAUUCGGCUCCACUCGGGAGCUGACAUCGAUGGCGGAGGAGAGAUCACUAGUUCUGAGGGAGCCCGGCACUGGAUUAGGUAAGCAAAUAAAUGGUUACUUAACCAUUUAUUUGCCGCGGACCAGGGCCCUAGUCACCAUUUAGGUGACUAGGGCUCUAUAGCGUUAAGAAUACAUAAUUGUAUUCCUAACGCUAUAGUGUUCCUUUAAAGUGAGCACAUUGUAAGCUAAUGAGUUGUGAGCACUGUAUUGUAUUCUACUAUAUAAGCCACAUCGACUUUCUCAAACAUUGAGAGCAGCUUCAUUCAUUGUAAAGAGUCCAUAAAAACCUAACGUAGUGAUUAUGUUUCAGGGUUGUAUUUAGACAGCAGGUGUUGGAGCAGCGUCUUUCAGAAAGGAAAGAAAUGGCUCGUCUAGAGGAGCAGGAAGAGGAAGAAAGACAGAGAAGGCUCGAUGUUCUCCGACAACAGGUACAGAGUGUUAUGCAACGUGUCUUCUCUAUUGUCCAGGUCUAGAUGUAGUAUCGUAUGAAGAUAGUUCUAGAACUUGCAUCCCAGCAUUCGAUAUGGUCAUCAUGUCCCCAAUUUUACCUCUGCCUGUACAGUGACUUUGUGACUUAUUUAUUCCUGUCCUUUUAAUAUUCCAUUUACUGACAUCCAGCAUCUGUCACACAUGCAUUCCCUUCUGGCGUUCAGAGGGUUAAAGUGUCUCUUUGGUUGUUGUGGUUGUAAUCUGAAGGUCCUAUUUUACUUUUGUGUUUUGCUUUUUAAGAUUAAUAUUCUAUUUUCCUCCAAUAUAUUUUGCCAGGUUGCUGUAAUAGCAGAAUUUGACCCUGUGAGAAUGAUGAGUGACACCAAAGCAUUUAAAGCUAGGAUGGGUAUAGGAACAGAGGAAGAGGUGGUUCUACAGAAACCCCUGUUUACAAUACAUACUUACAAUUCACAGCAGGUAAGUAUCUUUAAUUAUUGUUUCAAACAAGGAAAAGCUUUGAAAGUCACUUUAAGAUGUGCAGCAUUAGAGGGGAGAAUUUACUGAGGCCCUGGUAGACGUGGAACCUAAUCUUGUUAUCUUGUGAAGCACAGGUCACCUGACACUUCUCUUUCAAGAGACUAUUAUGCUCACAAUCCUAAACUCAGCACUAUAUUCUAAAACAGCACAUGUUCCACAUGAUGGUCAUCUCUGCAUGAUAUGAAGUCUAGGUGAUAUGGGACCAUCAUGUUGUUUUCAGACUACAACUCUCAUAAUUAACAGCCACCCAGAGGAGUUGUAAUCCAACAACAUCUGGUCGGGAUGCAGACUAUUAAGUUAAGGCAUCCAUACUUGACCUUAGCACUGUUACUGGACUACUUUUCCUAGAAUCCUCUCCUCUAGUUCCUGGUUGUUUUACCCCUUCAUAUGACCCAAAGCUUUUUAACACUUUGCAAAGCAAUAUAAUCAUUCAACCUGCAUUUAUUUUAGUAGAAAACUUGUAAGUUUAGUCUGCUGGGUCAAACUACUAAGUUAAUUUCUUACUAAAUUACAGUAGCGUUAUAAGCAUCUAUAACUGUGACAACUAUCUGGUACUUUGAACAUUGCUUGUCCCAAGCGAUGGCCAAACAUCAUGGAUAAUGUAGUUCAGAAAUAUCUGGUGUGACAAGGUUAGCGAUCACCGGUCUAUGAAGGAAUCCGUGAUAACACUGAAAUAUCCAUUAACAACAAAUAUUUCAUGAGAAAAAAUAAUUGAUGUUUGUUACAAAAAGUUACAAUAACACAAUUUACUUUGCUGUGCUGUAUAUUAUAAUACUUUUUCUCAAUCUGCGCUAUAAAACGUUGCAAUGGACAGUUAGUCUAUACAUGGCUGAUUUAUAUUAAAUUUGAAAGUAAUGAUUUUCUUUUCAGUGUAUGUUGAUAGACAGCUUGCAUAUUGCUGCAGCAAUCCACCGAGAUUUGCAUAACAACCAAACCUAUACUCCUGGGUAUUCAUUAAGAUAUCCUGAUGAAUAUGUCUUUUUCUGGCACAUCUAAGCUCAUAAUUGUGGACAGGCCUGAACGCACCGUGCAUAUUCUCUUCUCGGCCAUAAUUUCAUCAGUCAGUUUCGUGAAUUGCAAAUUCGUAGCGCUCUGUGAUAUGUACAGACUUAACCUACAGCGAGCGGUCAGCUGAGAAUUUGGGUUCACUGGUCUCCUGCUGCCACAACUUAGAUUCAACUUGCAAUCCACUAAGUUGUCAGUUUCCUUUUCCCAAGUUUUUAUUUAAAUUGGUUUCCGCUUAAAUAAACCUACAUAAAUGUAGUUAUUCUUUUAGAACUGGUCUUGUUUAUAAUAUAAAACUCUAUAUUGGUUUCCUAAAGGGUUACUACAGCCAUAAACCGUUUUUUUAAAUUAAAAUAUUGGUUUUGGUUGUUGUAACCCUUCAAUCCUUGAUGGCAUGGCCCCCCUCUCUCUGUAAUCCCUAUCCCCUCCUCCCCCAAAAAAUAAAGGAUAAACGUACCUUAGUUCCUACGCCAAAGUCACGUUCUUUCUACAGCCCGUACCUCCUCCAGGGACAUCAGUUCUCCUUACUAGAGAAGGAGGGAUGUCCAAGAGGAUGGGUUAAGUGGAGCCCUUAGCAGCUAAUGAGGGGAAGCAAGUGUAAUGCCAUUGGUUUUUAGUCACAAGCAUACUGCGCAUGUUGAUGACAAUUGUCCAAUAUGUACAAAGUUGACAUUAGCCAGCCCAGAACUAGCAUCCCAGGCUGGUUAAUGACACUGCAAGAGGUGGAGCUAAUUCUUAAGCAACAAAUGGCUUUAACACUGCUUCUAUAAUAUGGUACGAGUCUUUCGUCUCAUGAUUCUGUGCUCAUACAUGUUCUCAGAACUCUACUCAUCCAGCUAUUCAUUUGAAUUACAUUGUAUGCACCAAAUAUCGUGAUUGUCUUGCAAUUUAUAUCAAUUUACAAAUACAACUUUUUGUUUUUCCAAAGAUAUGUCCACUUUAAACUUAAUAGGGACUAAAUUAAGGAGUUUGAAUCAAUGCCUUGGGUGUGUUUUUGAGAACAUAUUUUUAUAUAUGAAUAAAAGUAUACAUGUUUGAAAGUUCACUUUAAAGAAUUGUUUGCACAGCAGAGAAAUGCUUAGGAAUCUGAAUAAUGUAUAUAAUCACACAAGAAGUACAGGAUGAGAUCCUAUUAUAUGUCUACAUUUUUUAAAAUAUGAUGCUCAAAGUGCAUUUUUUUAUUUUUUUUGUCAUUUUGGUAGAUCAUCUCUGACCCAAGAGUUCGAAUAGAGAUGGCGCUGCGAGAAGCCGGUCUUCACAACACACUCUAUGCUAAAGAAAUUCUGCCGAAAAUAUCUCCCCCUAAACCUCCAAGAAAAGAUAUGAAGUCCACAGUUUUUGAAAAAUAAUAAAUUCCAUUUAUGCUUGAAAGCUUCUUUUUAUUGUUUCAUAACACUAAAAUGUCUUUUUUUUUUUUUUAUAGUUGUAUAAAUAUAGGGCAUGUGCUACCUUUUAUUUUUUUAAGGGCAUCUCUUCC